ACUGUCUUCUGAAGAUUGAUGUCUAUUUCCUUGAGCUCUUUAAUUUUAUUGCCAAUUUGGAUAAACGUGGCACAAAUGCAGCAGGGAGGUCCAGAUGAAAAAGAAAAGACCACAGCACUGAAAGCUUUCUGCUAUGGCCUGGGAAAGCGGUAGAAGAAGACCCAAGCUUGGGCCUCUGCAUCUGCAUGGGAGACCCAGAAGAAGCUCCUGGCUCCUGGCUUCGGGUUGACUCAGCUCCAGCUGUUGCAGCCAUUUGGGGAGUGAACCAGCGGAUGGAAGACCUUUCUCUCUGUCUUUCCCUCUCACUGGCUGUAAUUCUACCUCUCAAAUAAAUAAAUAUGUCUUUAAAAAUAAAUGAAUAAAUAAAUGAGUUGAUUUAUUGUCUAGGAUAGAUUUGGAUGAACUAAUGAAAAAAGAUGAACCACCUCUUGAUUUUCCUGAUACCCUGGAAGGAUUUGAAUAUGCUUUUAAUGAAAAGGGGCAGUUAAGACACAUAAAAACUGGGGAACCAUUUGUUUUUAACUACCGGGAAGAUUUGCACAGAUGGAACCAGAAAAGAUAUGAAGCUCUAGGAGAGAUCAUCACGAAGUAUGUAUAUGAGCUCCUGGAAAAGGAUUGUAAUUUGAAAAAAAUCUCUAUUCCAGUAGAUGCUACUGAGAAUGAACCAAAGAGUUUCAUCUUCAUGAGCGAAGAUGCUUUGACAAAUCCACAGAAAUUGAUGGUUUUAAUUCAUGGGAGUGGUGUUGUCAGGGCGGGUCAGUGGGCUAGACGACUUAUUAUAAAUGAAGAUCUGGACAGUGGCACGCAGAUACCUUUUAUUAAAAGAGCUAUGGAUGAAGGCUAUGGAGUGAUAGUACUGAAUCCCAACGAAAACUAUAUUGAAGUAGAAAAGCCCAAGACUCACGUACAGUCAUCUUCAGAUAGCUCAGAUGAACCUGCAGAAAAACGGGAAAGAAAAGAUAAAGUCUCUAAAGAGACAAAGAAGCGGCGUGAUUUCUAUGAGAAGUAUCGUAACCCCCAAAGAGAAAAAGAAAUGAUGCAACUGUAUAUCAGAGAAAAUGGUUCUCCGGAAGAACAUGCCAUCUACGUUUGGGACCAUUUCAUAGCCCAGUCUGCAGCUGAGAAUGUAUUUUUUGUUGCUCACAGCUAUGGAGGACUUGCCUUUGUUGAACUGAUGAUUCAACGAGAAGCAGAUGUGAAAAGCAAGGUAACUGCAGUGGCAUUGACAGACUCUGUUCACAAUGUGUGGCAUCAAGAAGCUGGCAAAACCGUUCGAGAAUGGAUGAGAGAGAACUGUUGUAACUGGGUCUCUAGCUCAGAACCAUUGGAUACCUCAGUGGAGUCCAUGCUGCCAGACUGCCCCAGAGUUUCUGCAGCACAUUUUCAUCCCUCCAAAAAGAACUCUCUACCCAUUAAGCAGGCAGUCUCCAUUCCUCCUUCACCUGGCCAGCCCCUGGGCGCUUCGUGUUUCUGUGCAUUUGCUAAUCUGGACAUUUCAUAUGAAUGGAAUCAUACAACGUGCAGUUUCUUGUGACUGGCUUCUUUCAUUUAGCAUAAUGUUCUUGAGAUUCAUCCAUGUUAUGGUAUGUAUCAAUUCUUCAUUACUUCCUAUUGCUAGAUAAUAUUAUGUUGUAUGAAUAUUCCACCUUUUGUUUGUCCAUUCAUCUGUUGAAAGGCAUUUGGGUUGUUUUCACUGUUGGGCAAUUAAGAAUUGUGCUGCUGUGAACAUUGAUGUUCGAGCUUUGGUUGACCAUUUGUUUUAACUUCUGUUGGUCACAUAGCUAGGAGUAGAAUUGCUGUUCAUAAAGUAAUUGUAUGUCUGUCUUUUUUGGUGAUCACCAAACUUUUUAAUGUAAGGUAUUAAGGCUAGUUUAAGGGGUAAAUGAGCUUAUAAGCUGAAAAUUCCAAACCCUCCACCCCACCCCCAUCUAACAUUUAGCAAAUAAUCUCAGCUAAAAAGUUAUCUGAGUUCAGUUCUCUCUUCUGAUUUUCCUGAGUGUUUUUCUACAGAGUUUUCAUUGGAAGGCUUUCAUUCUGUUUCCUGACCAACACUUGCCUAAUUGUAAUUUCAGGUUGGGUGUUACGCUAGAGGUUAAGGUGCCCAUGUGCAAUGUAGGAAUGCCUUCCUGUGGGGCCUAGCUCCAGCUGCUGUCUCUGGCUUUCUGCUGAUGCAGACCCCGGGAGGCAGCAGUGGUGUCGUGUAGUGGUUCCUGCCACCCACAAUGAAGACCUGGAUUGAGUUCCUGGCUUCUGGCUGCAGCCCUAGUCCAGCCCCAGCUGCUGUGGGCAUUUGGGGAAUAAAGCUGCGAAUGGGAGCGCUGCCUCUCUGCCUUUCAAAUAAAUAAAUAACUUGUUUUUUUAAAGUAUGAGUUUAUUUUGGUGCAAAAACAUUUUUUUCAUGACAUGGAAGAUGUAUAUAAUAAAAAUAUAUGCUUAAAAAUUUUUACACAAGAAUAAGCUUAUAUUUUUAAUUCCAUUUUCCACAAACUUUUUAAAGUACCCUCAUAUGCAUGUUUAUGUGUGUCUACAUAUGUAUGAACAUAUAUAAACACUCACACGGAGACACACAUUCGUUUUCCAACUUUUUGUCUUCAGUUGAAGAAGACAAAUGCUUUACCCUACAAUUUAGAAACAUAAUAUCAGGAAAUUUCAGACUUUCAUGUGAUGUGCCUUAAAAUAGUUAUAAAUUAGGGAGGUGUCUUCCAAGUUUUCAAUAACUAUGUUUUAAAUUUGCUCGUGUGUCCCUGAAAAAAGAUCAACAAAUCUCCAUUAGAAUCUGUGCCAAAAUAUUUCUCAACAACUGCCAGCCCUCUAUAUUUAAAAUGUUUGUACCAUUAAAAUUUCUGGGAAGUUUAAGAAUUUCUAGAGAAAUUAAAAUAUUGGGCCUUUUUAAAUACUAAAUGGUUUACAUAUGUAUAUGCUUUGAGAUUUUGGCCUAUGGUUGGCUUCCCCCAUGGAGCUGAAAUAUUUUGUACCUGGAAUUAAGCCAAAUCUCCGACUUGCAUGCAUUUAACUUGUGUUGCAUACAUCCAAGUCCUGGCAUUUGAAUGGUCUUUUUCCUUCAUCUGAAUACUUUCUAACUUGAGGGAAAAUAAUACUUUCCAUUUUAAACUUGCCAUUCUCCCCUCGUUCCCCUCUUCACCCAUAAGCAGAUGUCUUCCUGCUGUGUGCCUGCCGUCCUGUGAGCAAGCAGUCGUGUGAGCAGGUGCUAACUCAGGAGGCUUACCAUGAAAUACCUGGAACCUGGGGGAUCCAUGGCAGAGCCACAGGGACUAGAAUAAACCCUUUUGAUUCUGUGUUGGAUUAGUAGGUUCAUUUAUGCAGAGGGGAAUCAUAGCUUUUCUCAUGUGCUCAAAAGCCUGUACGGUUCCCCCCAAAAGUAAAGGUCAGGUGCAUCCGACAGUAGUCUGGAGAGCAAACAGGACGCACGUCCUGUGAUCCCACCACCACACUGCACAGUGUGUGGUUCAGUCAUAAAGUAUCUCAGCCAGCUUUUCCCCUGAAGGGUAAGCAGUGCCUAGGGAGGAAGCACAGAGUCAGUGAUGCCGGCCGGGGUUGUAAGUCCACUGCAAGUCCCACUGCACACGUGGGCAGAAAUAAUAAAAGAACCUUUUUCUGCUGUUUGCAUCCUGGCCUUUACCAUCAUCUCCUACAGUUUUAGAGAUAAAAACAAACCUUUCAGAGAACUCCUCCUUCUCUUUAAUGUCAUGUUGAUCUUCAGUCAAAUCCACCUAGCAGGUGGCCUUCACCUUCCUUGAAGCUAUUUGGUGGGCAUCCAUACAAUAAAAUGCCUCUGUGAAAGGGCUGGCUCAGCUUAUUGCCUCGGGAGGGGCCUUAAGAUCUCAUCCAGAGUGCACUAGCCUUGCAGCACCGGAGCAGCUGAUAGACUUGAGGAGUCUAGGUAGAUGAAUGGAUGGAGCUGCCUUGGGAGAGACCCAUUUUCAAGGGCUGACUGCGAGUAGGUGCUUAGGAAACUGAAGGUGGUUCUGAGGAGGGGAUAAGGGAGUGUGGGAAUGAGGCACUGAGGGCAUUAGACCCCUUACAGGCAUUAGAAUAGCCGGGGGUGAGGGGGUGCUUGAGGAAAGCAAUGCCCUUACCCUUGCUCAAGCAUGAUACCGCCUGCCACGCUCAGGCCACUGGUAAUUGGGUAGAGAUCUUCUUCAGUAGACAGAGUACAUGUUGCACAGUGUGUUCACAGCUGUCAGCUCUUGGAAACACUUUCGCCUUCCUUUGUGCCUCCUUUCGAAUUCUCCAAACCACUUGUGGUCCCACAUAAGUCUCUGAAUGCCCUUUUCAGCUUGUCUGAAUUGUAGCCUUUAUAAACAGACUCCAGUUCCAUCAGCCUAUUCACAGAGAGUGUUAAGAAAAAAGAAUAGCGCUGAGGAGCGGUAACGUUGGGUAGCUAUUUUUUUCACUAAUAUGUGAAGAAGGGCACUGAUAGUGCCUGCACGUCAGCUGGGUCUUGUUACUCCUCACAGCUCAUCUUUGUAGUUAGUGUUAUGACCUUUUUUUUUUUUUUUUUAAGAUGAGUGAACCAAGGUUCAUGCAGGUGCUAAGCAGGAGGGUUGGGAUUCUCACCCAGGCUGAUGGUUACAAACCUCACCACUUCCCUGACACUCACCAGAAAGCAGCAGCUGCCACCACAGCGGCAGAUCUGGAAGGUCAGCGGGGCAUCAGCCUUGGGAAAGAGGGCCAGGAACUUCUCUUCCAGUUACAGUGCAUCCUUGCAAAUGUAGUGUGUGUGUAUAGAGCAAUGUGAGGGAAAGCAAAAAGACUCAGAAGAGGCCACAGUCCCUGCAGAUUUACAAGCCCUUGAAGGGCCAUAAGGGAUGCUUAGAAAAGAAAUUAAAUAAGCAGCUGUAAGUAGGGAAUGUUUAAUUUCCAUUUUACUCAAACUGUUGUUAUUUCUCUUUAUUCCAAUGCAAUAUCCCAAGUUAAAAAUGAGAAUUAAUUGUAAUUUUAAUAUGGUAUAAGGUAGAGCAAACAAAAAUAUCCAUGGACUUCAACAAAAGUAGGUAUAAGAGACAUGAUUCCAGAUGUCCUUUGAUAUCUAGGAGUCUACAAGAGUGAAAGGAAUGUGUUAGGAAGGAAGCCUUGUGACACAAGGUUGAAAGCUAAGAGAAUCAGUCCUAACCUCCACUCUACCCCAGCCCAACCCAGCCGUUUACUCCACUGUUGCUUCUAGCUCCUUCCUUCAUUCAUUUAUUCAAAAAAUAUUUAUUAGGUCCUCCUGCUUUUCAGACUCAAGGGAUUUGGCAGUGAAAGCAGUAAACAGUGUUCUUGACUAGGACAUAAGUUUUAGAAGAGAAAAUAGUUAAUAAAUAGGAAGAAAAGAAUAUGGAUAGAUGGGUGAUAGUUAUUUAGAUAAAAACACUAGAGGUGUUAGGAUAAAAACCAAGAUGGCUCAGUGCUGAAAGUGGGCCUGAUGGGACACAGGCGGCAUAGUGGUAGGUUUCAUAAAGAGUGGCCAGGAGCCCUCAGCCCCUUGGGUUGUCAUUGCACCUUCUGAGUCUCAGUCUGUUUGUAAUCAAAGGAGAGUGUUUCCAGAUGAUCACCAAACAGCUGUAAAAUUCUGUGCUUUCUUUAAGGGACAAAUAAUCUUUUUUUUUUUUUUUUGGAUCUAAGAGGCAGAGAGAGCUCUCAACCACUGGUCCACUCCCCAGACUCCCUCAACUGCUAGGGCUGAGCCAAGCCAAAUUCAGGAGCCAGGAACUCAAUCCAAGUCUCUCACGUGGGGAGCAGGGACCCAACCGCCUGCUUCACCAGCCAUCACCUGCUUCACCAGCAGGAAGCUGGCCACACACCAGAAAGAAGCUGGGAUUGGGCACAGAGCCAGGACCCAAACAAACCCAGGCACUUCAAUUUGGAAUGUGGGAAUCUAACUGGCACCCUACCUGUUGGCCAGAUGCCCACUCCCAAAUAAUCUUUGUAUGUAUAAAUUAUAGUCUUUAUUAUCCAUCGAUCUCAAAAUGCAAUAAGAAUGUUCACUGAUUCUCAGGGUUAAUUCCAUUUUACAUUUGGGGAAUUUAAACUGAAAAUAAAAUUCCUUCCCAAAGGUUGCAUAAUAGUGGAAGAAGGAUUAAAGCUCCCAAAUCCUGGCACUGUUAGUCCAAAAAGUCCAGCCCUCACUGUGGGGUGUAAUGAAAAGUGGAAUUGAAAUGUCAAAGCAGUUCAAAGUAGAUUAUAGAUGUGUAAGCUAUGAUAGACUAAAAUGUUUACAAAUAAGGAAUUGGAUAAGUAUAUCCCACAGCACUCAUUAAUGGCAGGCAAGUAAACCAUGUGAUGUUUUAAGCCAGUAAAAUAGCAAGUCCCCCUCCCAAAAAAAAUCUAUAAUUUUAAUCAAAAGUUCGUUUCAGUCAUUGAAAUUCUGUUAUUGCUGCUUACAAACAUUAAAGUCAAUCAAAACAUCAGUAGCUUUGCAAGAUCAAUAUUUUUAAUAUGUUUGCAUUGCAGUGCUGCAGGUUUUUGGCUAAUGGAUCGCACCCAUAUUGAUUUCCAUGGGAAAUGUUAGUCUGAUACUGAAAUAAUUAAAAAAAAAACAGGGAUUAUUGGUUUGGAAUUUUGAAGCAGAUAGAAGUAUAAAAAUUGGUUAUUGACUAAAUUGCUUGGGGUGAAUGAACCUUGGACACUAGCAAUAAACUUGUAGCACUCAGUCAUUACUGAAUAGUACCCUAGUCCCUUAAACCAAAAAAAAAUCAAUCAAUAACCUAUUAUAACAAUGCAAAUUGUGGUGAAAUGAAAUAGUAGGAAUGUGAAAAUCAUAUUUUAUCAAAAUAAAUAUUAAUAAGUAUAUGUAUAGGCACAUUGAAAACCUCUGCUUAAACAUGGUAGCUGAUUUUGACUUUGAGAUUCAUGCUGAAGAUAGUUUGAGUAGCUUUUUUAAAGAGAUAAAAUGCUGUAAGAUAACAGCAAAAGGAAGCAUACAGUUAUUCUAUGAACAGUAAUGAAAGUGCAAACACUGUAGCUUGGCAAACCACAGAUUCUGUUAUUCUGAUUCAGAGCAAGAGACAAUUGUUACUCUGUUCUCAAAGAAUAGGAAAAAUGUAUGCAAGCAUUAGAUUAGAUACAGACACAUUCCCCACAAUAUGAAUCUAGUGCAUAUUGCAUUGCUCUUGCUUUUCAGCCUUUGCUUAUUAGGAGAGCCAUUUUUUCAUCUAGAAAGUUUACUGUGUGUUGUCAUUUGGUUACUCUUAUAAAUUUAUUUAUGAAUUCUUUUUCAGAGGCAGUCUAGAGUUUUAGAGUUUUUUAAAUGUUUCAAUGUAAGUUCCGCCUAGGAUUCAUAUUUUGUUACAUAUUUUUAUUUACUACAUUUUUUAAAUUGGAUAUAUUUUUACACGAUUUGGAAAUAUUUAGCUGCUUUGAGGGUAAAGAGGGAUUAAGUUAUAAAGUAAAUUAUUAACCACACUGUUGCAUUUUGUUGCUGAUAAGCCUGGUCAAUAUUUUCUUUUCACAAUAAGUUGGGCUCCCUAUAUAAAUAGAAAAUUGAUCAUAAUUCCUCCUGCUGCAUGAGAUGGCAACACUCAUGCAAUAGCAUUGGAAGUCCCUUUCAAUUUAGUGUUAACUUUGAUCACCAUUUUUGUCAAAUUUCUUUCAUCCUAUUUUGAAUUCUUAUCUUCUAUCCUUAUACAUAGCAUUACCCCGAAUUCGAUUGGUAAGAUUAGUUUUUUCCUAUCAUGUUUGAGAUUUACACCUGGAUCUGACUUUUCUGAAACAUUCUGUGUCUCCUCCAUCAGUUAAUCAGUUAGGACAUUCUGUUUUGAUGGAUCCAGCUUUCAGAAUGAUGUAUGAGACAGGAGACUUCACCAUUAUCUACUGUUAGGUACAUCAGACCUGAAAGUAACCAAGUUGUAUAAGCAAAGAAAUAUGCAUGUAACUUGUGUAAAUAUUCAUACAAUUUUUGCUAAAUCAUUCAAUGGUUUUCUGCUAUGGAUACCACUAGAAGAGGAUCUGUGGUCUUAAAAAUGAUAGGAUUCUGGCCGGUGCCGCGGCUCACUAGGCUAAUCCUCCGCCUUGAAGCGCCGGCACACCGGGUUCUAGUCCCGGUCGGGGCGCCAGAUUCUGUCCCGGUUGCCCCUCUUCCAGGCCAGCUCUCUGCUGUGGCCAGGGAGUGCAGUGGAGGAUGGCCCAAGUACUUGGGCCCUGCACCCCAUGGGAGACCAGGAGACGUACAUGGCUCCUGCCAUCGGAUCAGCGCGCUGCGCCGGCCGCAGUGCGCCGGCUGCAGUGCGCCAGCCGCAGCGCGCCAGCCACGGCAGCCAUUGGAGGGUGAACCAACGGCAAAGGAAGACCUUUCUCUGUCUGUCUUUCUCACUGUCCACUCUUCCUGUCAAAAAAAAAAAAAAAAAAGAUAGGAUUCUAGUUCCCUUUCCUACUAUUUCAGAAUUUUCAUAUACAAUUGCUCCUCGUAUUAUUUUUGGCUUUCCAAGAAUUCCAUCUGGAAUUUAUGUCACUUAUCAUGGUCAGAAAUGCUGUUUCCUCAACAGAUAGAAUUUGUGCAGUCCCCAGCUAGGAUUUCCAUUUGUCUAUCUGGUCAAGGAGCUGGGCAUGAUGAAGUGGGGAAUCAUCAGCUCUUCGAUGUCCGGCAGAAUGAAAGUAUAGCUUUCCCAGACUGCACACCCACAUGUCUCUCUGCUCCGAUCCCAUCAAGAUUCCUUUCAUCUAGGUCACCAGUGCCGUUUCCAGUCAGGAUGGUUGUCAUGUGACACCUCUCUCAUAGCUUGGAUGAAAUCAUGUAGCUGUAACUCAGUCCAGAACAUUCCUGGUAUCUUUACUGGCAGUCCCAGCAAAACCCAAGAUGAUGUCCUUCUGCGAAGUGUGGUCCGAGAGCAGGGCUGAGGCUGAAGAGCAGGGCAGGUUUGUAAAACUCAUGUACAGCCCUGGACACUUGCCGAAACCUGUUACAUUCAAUAGACAGCAGUUAGAUUACCUGACAGGUAGUUCUUUACUCAUUGACAAUGUCAGAAAAUAGGGCAGAGAGAAUAGCAAAGAGCUGCUCCUAGUACAAUCUUUUUAUAACAGUGGUUAAUGUCAAACAUUUCUACCGCAGUCUGAAGAUGAUUUGAUUUUAAUUUGUAGACAAAAACAGACCUUUGUACUCUGGGUCAUUCUUUAAAAAAAAAAAAUCUCCAUCUGGAAUCAGACAAUUCAGGUAGUCUAUACCAAGCUUUGUCUUGAAACAGCUGCAAAAUACCUAAAGGUCUUUAUUUAUCAUCAAAUUAUUACACCUGCAUGUGACUCCUAGAUUGUGUAAAAGACAGUGGUUGAAAUCAGCCCAGGGGUGAACAUUUGGCACAGUAGUUAAGAAACCAUUGGGAUGCCCACAUAUGGAGUGCCUGGACUGAAGUCUUAGCUCCACUCCUGCUCCCUGUCCUACUAAUGUGCACCUUGGAGAUAGCACGUGAUGGCUCAAGUAGCUGAGUCCCUGCCACCCUUGUAGAGAUAUGACUUGAGUUCUAGACUUCAGCCUGGCCCCACUCUUACUGUUGCAGGCGUUUGAGAAAUGAACCAGUAGAUGAAUGCAAGUCCCUCCCUCCCUCCCUCCCUCUCCUCCCUCUCCUCCCUCUCUUCCCUCUCCUCCUCCUCCUCCUCCUAUUCCUCCUCCUCCUCCUCCUUCUUCUCUCUCUCUCUCUCUCCUUUUCAAAUAAAUUAAAUAAAUAAAUUGGGGGAAAAGGACACAGGAUCUGGAAGCAUAGUGCCCAAGUUUGUACCCUUUCUCUGCCGUUUUUCUGUCUCUGUGACCUUGGACAAAUUGCCUAACCUCUCUCUGCUUCCAUUCCUUCAUUUGCCAACUGAAAAUAAUAGCAGAGCUUAUCUCAUAGGAUGUUGUGAGGCUUAAAUACAUGUGCUGCAUUUAUUACUUGUUUCUGUAUACAAUCUGUUCUGGCAUCUAUGCUGUUGGGAAGAGGAAUAAAAGACUUUAAUGUUUAGUAACGCUCUUAAAUCCUCUGCAUUCUGGGAGAGCUCUCCCCAUCUUCUGCCCCCGUGGCACCCUGCACCAGCCCUACCAUACUGUACAUUACUGUUCUGUGUCUGUUUACACAUGGCUCCCACCUGCAUUGUCUGUAAGCUUCAUAAGGACAAAAACCGUGACUAUUUUAUCAUUGUUUCAGGGCCUAGUGCCUUCUGUAUACUCAGUGCAUACAUGAAUGCCAGAUGAAUGUCUAACAAUAUCAUAGAUGAACUCUCACAAGUACUGGAAUAUCCAUCUGUAGAAUUUUGUUUCCUGUUACUUCCUGGUGUUGGCAGAGACCAACAUGUGGUGAAUGGCUUCUUUCAGCCUCUGCCCAGAAUGUGCCAACCUUUAACAUCCUCAGCCUUACCCAUCCUUUCCUUCAAGUCUUUAUACAGACGGACGCUUCCUCCUCAGUGAGCCCUCUCCUGACUCCCUCUUUGAAAACUGCGUCUCUGUCCUGUCUGCUCUCUGUUCUGUUUCAUCUUCCUGUAGCGUUUGGACAGUCUUCCCCCUCUGUAGGUUUCAGUUAUUUGUUGUAUUGAUUUGCUGUUGACCUCCCCUGCACCACACUGGAACAUCAGCUCUGUCAGUGUUGCGCAUGGUUAUUUCUCUAGCACCUGGAACAAAGCCUGGCACUGGGAGGCAGCUACUUUUAUGAUAUCUGUUGAAUUAAUUAAAAAAUUUAAUGCACUGAGAAUGCCAGUUGGGAAGUAACUGGAAGCAAAAUUACUCUUCAAGGAUAGUCAACCAAAAGUUAGAAACAAGAAAAUUUGGGCUCGUCUUGAGAGCGAUCAUACAUAAUUUUUUACUAUGCUAAAGGUAUAAACUUCAACUUCCUUGAGCUCUUUAACCCAGCCUCCAUAUUCUGAAAAUCGUUCCUUUUUAAAAAUUUGAGAGGCAGAGAAAUACAAAGAGCGAGAAAAGGCAGAGAACUCCCAUCUGCUGAUUCACUCCUCAGAUACCCUCAGUGCCCAGUGUGCACAAGGCGGAAGCCAGGAAUCCAACACUGUUCACCCACAUGGAUGACGGCAACUCUUUUUUGAGCCAUCACCUUUGCCUCCCAGGGUCUGCAGCAGCGGGAAGCUGAAAUCAGGAACCGGGGCUGGGAAUUCACCGCAGAGGCUCUGAUAGAAGACUCAAGCAUCCUAAAUGGUGUCUUCAACUGCUAGGCCAAAUGCCUACUCUCUGAAAACAACUAUUACCAGAAUAUUCUCCCAAGGGUUGUUUGGAGGCGUCCAUUGUAAAUUGUUUGAUAAAAUGAUAUAUGUCUGAGAUUGUAUUUUUUAAAUUAUAUAGUAUCCUAAUGUUAGAGGCAUUGAUUUUAAGGUUAAACUCUAAAGCGACUAUUUCUUUAAAUAUGUGGAUAUGAACUUUCCAUAGAGCAUUAAUGCAGAAUCUCUGCAAGAUUUUAAUUAAGAAUAAUUAAAAAAUCUAUAUUAAAAUAUGUUUUAUUCUGCCAGCUUAGUAGGGGUUUUUAUUUCAAUAAAAUUUUUAUUUUCUUCUAUGUUACAGCAUAAAAUGCUGCACUGUGCUAGUAUCAGCUGGGAAAAUGUCGGGUGCGAAGUAGGAAGAAACAAUGUAAUUUAUAAAUUAAUUCCCCACAUUAUGUUUGUUAAAUUUUUUUCAUUAAGAUUAAACUUCAUUUCAAUGGAUAAUUGUUUAAAUUAAUUAUGAAGAGUCACACAAAUACAAAAAUGAAAAAGAAAAUUAUAUAGGAGGUAAAGAGGAGUUGUACGAGGAGCAAUGUAAAAAAUAUAAAGGCUCAGGUCAGGAUCAGACCUGAAGUGAAAUUUAGUUUGCCAUUCUGUUUGUAGGGUUGUGCAGCUGUUUAAGUAAUGAGGUAAAAAAAUAAAUAAAUAAAAUUAAGUAAGUUUAUAUUAAGAAGGAAAGUUUAAACAAAAUAGUUCAGGAAGAUAAAUGAUUGGUUACUGAGUGGGGUGGGUCAAGAAAGGCAGAUCCUAUACAGUGUAACAGGUAAUGCCCAAGUGUUCCUAAAAGGGAGAGACACAGAAAGUAUAAAAACCUGAGGGGAAAAGCAAAGAAAUGACAAAAGUAGUAGUUAUUGGUUGGGAAGAGAUGGAACUAUCCUAUGAUAAAAUAUUUGAGAGGAAGACAGAUGUGAAGAAAAAUGAAAAGUAGAUACAAGUGAAAAUAGAGGGGUGGACUACCCUUUUGCUCACCAUAGCAGGUGACUGGACUUCUCUAGUUUCUUGUCUAAACUUGUGUUUUUAACCAAAAAAAGUAAUGUGCAUGACGGACCUUCAAGCAUUUUUUAUUCGUUCUUUCCUACCAAAAAAAAAAAAAAAAAAAAAACUCCUUUCUCUCACCACUGCAUUCCCCAUAUUAGUUUCUCUAUGGCUAAUAGUAGAGUGUAAUCAUUAUAUAGGGUGAGUAAUGUAUUGGAUCAAUAACAUCUUUAUCCAUGCGAUAGUAAAAUAAUUCAAGUAGAUAGGCAUAAGAAUCACAUGGGAGCUAUUGGUAUAAGUAAGAAAGAAUGAUUCUAAUCAUCACAUCCCACAAGGCAUUCAGGAACUAAGGAGAGUAGGGCCAUUAGCCUAAGCAUUGAAAGAGUGCUAGUGUUUAAAGAUUCGUAGAAGGGAAUAUGAAUAUUUUAACUAGCGCUGUCAACAUGACCAAGGGCUUAAAAGUAUAGAAUGUGUGACAUGGACAUAUAUAAUAACAAAAAGGAGUUUGACAGACACAUCACUGGUAUGACUAGAAAAGAGAAAAACAAGUGUGAAUGAGAUGACAGAGAAUACAGGGGGUCUUCAAAGGGCUCAUGGAAAAUGCAUAUUAUGAAAAACCCAUGUGUGAUUUGAAACAUUUUUUGCACCAGAAUACAUUUAUCUUGUAAUUCUAUUUUUUCAUGAACUUUUUGAGAUCCCAUAUAUAGGUUAAGGAAUUUGUAUUUUAUUUUUACAUCCAAAGAUUUAAAAGUUUUUGGUUUUUUUUAAAAGAUUUAUUUGUUUUUAUUUGAAAGUCAGAGUUACACAGAGAGGAGAGGCAGAGAGAGAGAGGUCUUCCAUUCGAUGGUUCACUUCCCUGUUGGCGACAAAGGCUGGAGCUGCGCUGAUCCAAAGCCGAUCAGGAGCUUCCUCUGGGUCUCCCACAUGGCUGCAUGGGUGCAAGGACUUGGGCCAUCUUCCACUGCUUUCCCAGGCCAUAGCAGAGAGCAGCCGGGACUAGAACCAGAGCCCAUAUGGGAUGCCGGCACUUCAAGCCAGGGCGUUAACCCGCUGCGCCACAGUGCCGGCCCCAUGAUUAAAACAUUUUUAAGGGAGGAAGCAAAUUAUCUGAGCCUAUACUUCAGGAAAAAAAAGAAAUGAUCUGGCAUUUAUGAGUAAAACAUAUUGGAAGGGAAGGCUGAAGGUUAUAGUCCCUGAAAAAGGUAGUAAAGCCUAAAUACUGGUUAAGCGUGAACAAGAAGAAAGUGGGUGCAGGCUAAGGGCCACACAGACCUACGAUCCAUGUCACUUGGCCAUGAGAGUCAGCUGAAGUUUAUUUUUCAAAUAGGACAGGGUAUUUUAUUCUAUUUUUUUGGCGGAGGAGGGCAUCUUGUUUUUUGUUUGUUGUAGAAUCUCUGAAAGAACAGGACACACAGGUUAGGAAAGUUUGAAUGGAGACUCAGGAAGGAUUUUGUGCAUGGUGCAUGCCCAGUCAAGAUGCUGCUGUGUCUUUCAGCCCCUGUUCACUGGGGUGAUGAUGUGACCAGUUGUGACACCUCUAUCUCAUAUCAGAGUACCUGUGUUCAACACCCGGCUCCAGCUUCCUGCUAAUGCAGACCCUGGGAGGCAGUAAUGACGGCUCAAGUGAUUUGAUGUCCACCACCGAUGUGGGAGACCUGAAUUGAAUUCCCAGCUCCUACUUCAGCCCAGCCUACUCCUGACAUUUAAAGGCAUUUGGGGAGCUAACCAGUGGAUGGGAGCUCUCUGUCAACAUCUCUGUUUCUCUUUCUUCCUCUCCUUUACCCUCUCCACUGGGCACUGGAGAGGUUGCUCGAGAGGAAAGCAUAGAAAUUGAGAUUUGUGAUUGAAUUCCUUGCAUGAAAACUUUAUAUUCUUUUUCACUUAUUUGAGGAUUUCAAUUAAACUUGCCCUCUUCUAGGAUUACCAAACCUUUAUUUUUUUUAAUUAUCUUAUUUCUUGUUCCAUUAGCUUUUUCUUUUUUAAAAAUUUAUUUAUUUAUUUGAAAGGCAGAGUUACAAAGAGGCAGAGAGGGCAGAGAGAGAGAGAGAAGUCUUCCAUCUGCUGGUUCACUCCCUGGCCAGAGCUGGGCCAAUCUGAAGCCAGGAGCCAGGAGCUUCUUCUGGGUCUCCCACGCAGGUGCAGGGGCCCAGGUAUUUGGGCUAUCUUUCACUCUUUCCCAGGCCAUAGCAGACAGAAUGAUUAGAAGUGAAGCAGCCAAGCUUCAAACAGAUGCCCAUAUGGGAUGCGGCACUGCAGGCAGAGGCUUAGCCCACUAUGCCACAGCACCAGUCCCCUGGAUACAUUUCCAAAGGAUGUAAAGUCAGUAUAUUGAAGAGAUAUUCACAAGCCCAUGUUCACUGCAGCACUGUUCACAAUAGCCAAAAUAGGGAAUCAUCCUAAGUGUUCAUUAACAGAAGAAUGGGUAAAGAAAAUGUAAGUAAACACAUGGAAUUCUGUUCAGCCACAAUAAAGAAGGAAAUCCUGUCAUGUGCAGCAACGUAGAUAGACUUGGAAGACAUUAUAUUCAGAGAAAUAAGCAAGGCAUAGAAAGAACAGUAGGAUACCUGCAUUCACCUGCUAAAUUGGAGGUGUCUUAGAUAUCUGUGUGGAGACACCAAGAAGGCAGCUGGAUGUAAAUCUGGAGUUGAGGAAAAAUGUCAGUGCUAAAGAUAUAACUUUAGGAUGGACAUGUCAAUAGAUGGCACUUAGAACUCUGGAACUUUAUGGUAUGAUCAGAAAGAAAAUAUCCAAGGAGGAGAGAGGAGACUUAGGGGCAUUCAAACUUUAGACACCAGCCAGUGGAGCAGGCCACAGCAAAGCGAGUAUAGAAAACCAGGAGCUGGUAGCCACCUUCUGUGGAAUCGUAAAAAGUUGAAUUCAGGGGCCGGUGCUGUGGCGUAGUGGGUAAAACUGCUGCCUGCAAUGCCGGCAUGCCAUAUGGGCACCUGUUUGAAUCCUGGCUGCUCCACUUCCAAUCCAACUCUCUGCUAUGGCCUAGAAAAGCAGUGGAAGAUGACCCAAGUCCCUGGGCCCCUGCACCCAUGUGGGAGACCUGGAAGAAGCUCCUGGCUCUGGAUCCACUCAGCUGCAGAUGUUGCAGCCAUUUGGGUAGUGAACCAGAGGAUGGAAAACUCUCUCUCUCUCUCUCCCUCUCCCUCUCUCUCUCUCUCUCUCUUUCUCUGCCUCUGUGUAACUCUGAAUUUCAACCAAAAUAAAUAAAUCUUAAAAAAAAACUCUGUAUUAAAAAUGUUGAAUUCAUUGAAGGAAAGAGCAGAAUGGGGGUUACCAGAGGCUGGGAGAGACGUUGGUCGGUAGGGUCAUAAGCAUUAGACAUGAGGUGUUCUAUUGCACAGCAAGACAACUACAGUUAGUAAUGAUGCAUUGUAUAUUUCAAAAUAGCUCAAAGAACGUUAAAUGAUCUCCCCACAAAAAAAUGGUGAAUGUUUGAGGCUAUGAAUAUGCUUAUUACCCUGAUUUGAUCAUUCCAUAAUAUAUACUGUGUAUACAUCACAUUUUACCUCAUAAAUACAUGCAAUUAUUAUUGGCCAAUUGAAAAUAAAUGCUGAAAAAUAAUAAUGUACUAUAUUCUUGAAAGUCACCAUGAGUGUAUAUUUUACUUUAUUGUUUUUAAUUUUUUAUUCAUCUGAGAGAGAUAGAGACCUCCCCAAAUGCCUGCAAUAGUUGAGACUGAACCAUGUUGAAGCCAGGAGCCAGGAACUCAAUGUGGGUUUCUCACAUGGAUGGCAAGGGCACAACUACUUGAACCAUCACCUGCUACCUCCUGGAGCAUGCAUUAAAAUGAAGCUGGAUUCAGAAGUGGAAUCAGGAUUCAAAUCCAGGCACUCCAGUUUGGACUACAGGCAUCCCAACCAAUGUCUUAAUCACUAAGCCAAAUGUCUGCUCCCAGAGAGUGGGUUUGUUUUUGUUUUCAUUUUUAUUAAUUCCUUUUUUUUUUUUUUUUUUUUUGAAAGACAGAAAGAUCUUUCAUCUGCUGGUUCACUCCCCAAAUGGUUUCAACAACAGGGUUGGGUCAAGCCAAAGCCAGGAGCCUGGAACUCAAUCCAGGUUUCCCACACAGUUGCUGGGGGCCCAGCUACUGAAACCAUCACUUGCUGCCUCCCAGGGUGUGCGUAGCAGGAAGGUGGAAUUGAGAAUAAACCAGGACUCAAACCCAGUCACUCCAGUUUGUUGUUCAGGCACCCCACCCAGCACCUCAGCCACUGUGCCAAACUCCUGCUCCCAAAGUAGAUUUUAAUGUUUUCGCUACUAAAAAUUGAUCAGUAUGUAAUGGAUAUAUUAAUUAGCCUCAUUUAAUCAUUCCACAAUGUAUACAUAUAUCAAAACAUCACAUUGUACCCCAUAAAUACUCAUAUGUACAAUUAAAAGGAAGAAAACAAAAUGGCUAUGGAGUAAAAGGAGAGAUUUUACAACUAGAAGAAAAAGAAGACUCAUAGGAGGUUUUGAAUUACUUGUUUAAUCAAAGAGACUUGAAUGGCUGCAAACAGUGACUGAGAAUAUGAAGACUCAAAGGAGAACUGGGUUAUAGGAUGGAGAUGCCUUUGAAAGUAAGGCAGGAUUUGAUCCAGUGCUCAAUUUGGGGGACAAAUUGCCUUUUGAGAGAAGGACACGUUUAAUGCUGGCAGCUCUUCCAGCUUAGUGGUGAAAAGUGAAAGGAUUCCCUUCUGAUGAAUUUGGAUUUUGUUCUGAAGUAGGAGAACAGUUCAUAUGCUCAAGAAGAAGAAAUUGCAAUUAAAAAUGGGAGAAUGCAAGAUAGACAGUUUUGCAAAUGAAAAUGUCUGUAUUUUUUUAUUAAAAAAUAAUCAUUCUCUGAAAAAUUCAAUGAAAAGAAAUUAAAAUUCCCAGUCAUACCACCCCUGAGGAAUAACCUGUUUUUGUCAGCAGUGUACACAGACUUCCAGAUUUCUAUAUGUAUUAUAAACACAUAUUCAACAUAGGUAGUAUUAUAUGCACAUGUGCAUAUUAUUCUAUAACUUGAUUUUCUCUUUGUUGUUUUCUUCCAAAUAUAAAAAUAGAUUAUAGAAUACAAUAAUUUUAGAAUUUGGCCGCGCCGCGGCUCACUAGGCUAAUCCUCCACCUUGCGGCGCCGGCACCCCGGGUUCUAGUCCUGAUCAGGGCACCGGAUUCUGUCCCGGUUGCCCCUCUUCCAGGCCAGCUCUCUGCUGUGGCCAGGGAGUGCAGUGGAGGAUGGCCCAAGUCCUUGGGCCCUGCACCCCAUGGGAGACCAGGAGAAGCACCUGGCUCCUGCCUUCGGAUCAGCGCAAUGCACCGCGGCGGCCAUUGGAGGGUGAACCAAUGGAAAAGGAAGACCUUUCUCUCUGUCUCUCUCUCUCACUGUCCACUCUGCCUGUCAAAAAAAAAAAAAAAAAAAAAAAAGAAUACAAUGAUUUUAGAAUUCAAUGAUUGAGCAACACUGUGACCCGAGUUUUGGAUAAUGAUAAGAUGUUUAUAUAGCAGCAGUCUAUUAGCAGAAAGAAGCCAGUCAGCUGGGCUCAUCCAACACUGGGUUUUCAAGGCAAAUGCCUAGACAGUGUAGCAUGGCAGAUUAGGAGAAUACAGUAGAAUACUGGACCAUGGGCUCUAAGCAGUUUGAUAGGGAAGUGCAAACAGAAAAGAGCUAAUAGAGAGAAAGGAAAGGUUAAAUGUACUGAAAGUAUUGGAAGAGUUUUUAAAAUUUUAUUAUUUAUUUUCAUUUUCUCUGAAAGUCAGAGGGCCAGAGACAGAGAUCAUCCAUCCACUGAUUCACUCGCCGAAUGCCCACAACAGCCAGAGCUGGGUCAGGCUGAAGCCAGGAACCCAGAAUGCUAUCCAGAUCUCCCACGGGGGUGGCAGAAACCCAAGUACUUGAACCAUUACCUGCUGCCUCCCAGGGAAGCAGGAGUCAGGACUGGAACCCAGGCACUCUGAUAUGCAGGGAUCAUGGGCAGCAUUUUCACCAUUGCACCACGCAUCUGUCCCCCAGAGGAUUUUUUUAGUUAGGAAAGUAGUAUUUUAAUGAGAUGCUUGAAAAUAUCAGAGGCUGUGGUCAGAUGGGGGGAAUGUCAAAGCUUAGUAUUUCAGCAGAAUGCUGCUGUGUCCAGAAAACAUCAAGGAUGGACGGUCAAGGUGGAAUGGAAAGAAGGGUCAUGGCAGAUGAAGCCAUGCAGAGGUCAGACCAUUGGCUGGAUUGCCCACGUGAUGGUUGAAGUCUCCAAGACAUAGUUGGGUGGAGAGAAGCAUCGUUUCAACUUCUGGGUUUUCUUUCACCAUUAGAAAUUACAGAGUCAGAAUCAAACGACCACCACCUCAGUUGCUUCUGGAAAAAGUCAUGUUUGGCAUUUUAUUUUAUGUGGAAGCAGCUACUAAUAUAUGUAAAAUGCUUAGCUCAUGCCUAACACAGUAGUCCUCAAUACAUUAUAGCAGUAUGAUGCUAUUAGAGGAACAUGAUUUAAAUACAGGUUUUUAAACUUAUUUUAUUUAUUUGAAAGAAAAAGAGAGAGACACAGCAGAGUCAGAGAGCUCCAAUAUGCUGGUUCACUCCCCAGUGUCCACAACAGCAGGGCCUGGACCAGGCCAAAGCUAAGAGCUGGGAACUCAUUCUGGGUCUCCAAUGUGGUCAGCAGGGACCCAGUACCUGCUGCCUCCCAGGGUGUACAUUAGCAGGAAGCAGGAAUUGGGGGCAGAGUGAAGACUCAAACCCAGGCACUCUGAUAAUGGGAUGCAGACCCCUUAAGUGCCCUCUUUAACCACUGUGUCAAAUGCCUGUCCCAAUAUGUGUUUUUAGAUCGGGAUUUGUUUAGUAUUCCUUUUAAGCUUAAAGUCUGGAAUUUGAGCAACCUUGUUCUAGGAUAAAAAGGAGCAGACAGCUUCAGGCAGAAGUUGUUUCUGGAAUCCACAAAAAGGCUGGGAAUGCAUCUGAGAAGCAAUUGGGAUCCCAUUCUCAAGUUCUGGAAAAGUAGAAAGAAGUACAAGACAUAAGAAACUAGAAGGAAAGUGAAUUUUAGACAAAAGAACAAACUCUGGUGAACAGUCUUUCCUCUCACCUUGACAAACCUGCAUGAGAUCAGAAGCAGUGAAUCCUGUGUGAGACCCAGGAAUCUGAACUUCUCAUAAGCACUCUUGAGCUAUUCUGAAGUGAGCAUGCUAACAUUUAGGAAUCACUGACCUAGGCAGUCAGCAUUCAGAGUGUUCUUUUCCAAGAUGAAAAUGCAGGGGAGACAGAAAAUAAUUGUACCAAGAAUAUAUAUAAGUUGAUGGCGGAAUUUAAGAUUAAUUUUUGAGUCCCUUUUUUCCUUCUUUUCCUCAUUUAGUUAAAAUAAUGAUUUAUCUUGUCUUAAAAAAAAGAAAAACCUAAACUCUGCUUCUAUCUUUUUUAAAAAACCUUUUAUUUAAUGAAUAUAGAUUUCAUAAAUAUAACUUUAGGAAUAUAAUGGUUCUCCCCACCAUACCCACCCUCCCACCCCACUUCCAUCCCACCUCCUCCUCCCUCUCCCAUCCCAUUCUUCAUUAAGGUUCAUUUUUAAUUACCUUUAUAUAUAGAAGACCAACUCUAUACUAAGUAAAGAUUUCAACAAUGUGCACCAACACACACACACACACAAAGUAUAAAGAAUUAUUUGAGAAAAAGUUUUACAGUUAAUUUUCAUAGUACAACUCAUUGAGGACAGAGGUCCUGAAUGGGAAGUAAGUGCACAGUGAUUCCUGUUGUUAAUUUAACAAUUAACACUCUUAUGUAUGAUACCAGUGAUCCUGUCAUGAGCUGCCAAGGCUAUGGAAGCCUUUUGUGUCCAUGACCUCCAUCCAUGUUUAGACAGGGCCAUAAACAAAGUGAAGUUCUCUCCUCCCUUCAGAGAAAAGUACAUCCUUCUUUGAAGGCCCCUUCUUCCCCCUGGGGUCUCACUCACAGGGAUCCUUCAUGUAGGACUCUUUUGGUUUAUUUUGCCACAGUGGCUUAGCUUUCGCUGUUAACGUUUAUAUUUAUUUUAUAAAUUUAAAAAUCUAAUAUAAGCCUUAAAUAUAACAAGGCUACUCUAUAAUCUCAUAGCAUCUUUUCUAAGGAAAGUUCAAGAUAAAUUAGAAAACCUGUUAGUUCAUUUAAUAUAAAACACUUCUGAUGAGAAAUAUCACAAAUCUGAGUUCUAAAAUGAUUUAUAAGUCAAUGACAAAAUAAAUAUUUCAAAGCCUCAUGACCUGACACUUUUCUUGUCCACUCACAAUGAGGCUGUUCACAGAAAUGUAACUUUUUUUUUAAGAUUUAUUUAUUUAUUUGAAAGUGAGAGUUACACAGAGAGAGAAGGAGAGGCAGAGAGAGAGGUCUUCAUUUGCUGGUUCACUCCCCAAUUGGCCAGAAUGGCUGGAACUGCACUGAUCCGAAGCCAGGAGCCAGGAGCUUCCUCCAGGUCUCCCACAGGGGUGCAGGGGCCCAAGGACUUGGGCCAUCCUCCACUGCUUUCCCAGGCCACAGCAGAGAGCUGGAUCAGAAGUGGAGCAGCCAAGACUCGAACUGGCGCCCAUAUGGGAUGCUGGCACCACAGGUUGUGGCUUUACCCACUGUGCCACAGCACCGCCCCAGCAAUGUAACUCAUAAGUUGUUACAGAACGUCAGCUGCAGUUUUACGUUAGGAAGUGUAAUAGGAGGGGCAAGCAUUGUGUCACAGCGGAUUAAGCAGCUACUGAGGAUCCGCGUCUCAUAUUAUGGUGCCUGUUCAGGUCGUAGCUACACCACUUCCAAUCCAGCUUCCUGCUGCUAGUGCCUCCUGGGAGGUUGCAGAUGAUGGCCGAAGUGCUUGGCCCCUGCCACCCACGUGAGCAGAGGCCUGAUGGAGUUUUAAGGCUCUGGGCUUCAGCCUGGCCCAGCCCUGACUAAUGAGGGCAUUUGGGAAGUGAACCAGUUGCUUGCUCUCCUCUCUCUAUGUUUUUCAAGUAGAUGAAAAACAAAUAAACAAACAUUUUUUAGGGGCCAGCACUGUGGCACAGAAGGUGAAGCUGCCGCCUGCUAUGCCAGCAUCCCAUAUGGGCACUGGUUCCAGUCCUGGCUGCUUCUUUUCCAAUCCAGCUCCCUGCUAAUGAGCUUGGGAGGGCAGCAGAAGAUGGCCCAAGUGCUUGGGCCCCUGCCCCCCACAUGGGAGACCUAGAAGAAGGUCCUGGCUCCUGGCUUUGGCCUGGCCUAGUCCUGGCUAUUGUGGCCUUUUGAGGAGUGAGCCAGUGGAUGGAAGAUAUCUCUUUCUCUUUUUCUCCUUCUGUCUCUGUCUCUGCCUUUCAAAUAAAUAAAAUAAAAUAAUGAAUUUCUUUUUAAAAGCUGAAAGCAGAACUUAACAUUUCAAAACAAAGUGUAGAAGUAACAGUCCUCCUGGGACACUUUAAUGUGUAGCAGUAUUACAAGAAGCAUAUAUGUUGCAAACUAGUUUGUUAAGAAAACAUAGUGGCCAGCGCCACAGCUCAAUAGGCUAAUCCUCCGCCUGCGGCGCCAGCACCCCGGGUUCUAGUCCCGGUUGGGGCGCUGGAUUCUGUCCCAGUUGCUCCUCUUCUAGGCCAGCUCUCUGCUGUGGCCAGGGAGUGCAGUGGAGGAUGGCCCAAGUGCUUGGACCCUGCACCCCAUGGGAGACCAGGAGAAGUACCUGGCUCCUGGCUUUGGAUCAGGGCGGUGCGCCGGCCGCAGCAUGCUGGCCGCAGCGGCCAUUGGAGGGUGAACCAACGGCAAAGGAAGACCUUUCUCUGUCUCUCUCUCUCCCUGUCCACUCUGCCUGUCAAAAAAGUAAAAAAAAAAAAAAAAAAGAAAACAUACUUCAACAUUGCGAGAAUGCUAACAUUUGACCAUUCUUUCAUCUAUGUAAUUUGUUUUUUUACCUUGAGACUUAAUUGCUCACCAUAAUAUUUUUAGUAUAAAUGAUACAAAUGUGUGUUUGAAACACUACCAGAAAUUCAAAAAGGAAAUAAAUAGCACAUUUAUUCUACAAGGAACUGUGUGACUAGAUUUCUAAAAAGCAGAUUCAAAUAAGGACAAUUCAGAAAAGUCACACUAACUUGGAAUCUUGGCUUGUUUGUUUUAAUUGCUAUUUGAAUCUUGGCCAAAGGUAUAUUGAGGUAGUGAUACAUAUUUGUGUAUGCAGGAACAGCUGUACAUCAUUGAUUAAUGUCUUCACUUAAUGAAUUUUUAUUGAGCAAAUGCUAUGCGCUUACAACAGGAAGUAAGUGGUGAACAGGCAAAUGAAGAAGAUAAUGAUAAUGUUGAUGACGAAAGCAGCUAACACGUAGUGAGUACUCCCUGGGUGCCAGGUAUUUAUGUGGAUUAGUAACUGUAUGAGGCAGAUUCUUCUAUUCCAUUUUGCGACUGAGGAAAUACAAUUAGAGAAGGCUCAUGGGUAAAAAGUCUGCACCCAGAAUUCACACACUGCACAUCUGACCCCAAAGACCAAAUUCCUAGCUAACAAACCAUCAAAUAUACUCAUUUUAUUCAUAGGGUGUACAUUCUAGUAAUUCAUUUAUUUAACAAACAUUUAUUGAGUGUUUACUGUAUGCCAGGCACAGGUCCUAACUCCUGGAUUAUAGUGACAAAAGGAUUCACAGGGUCAUUGCUAUCAUGGCUCAUACCUUUCAGAGCCUCCAACCAGGACUUUUUUAAAAGGAAGAAGUAUAUGUACAUUCACACAAGAACCAGACAUGGUAAAGUAAUUACUAACAUUCAAAAACAUUGAUAAACUAUUAAACAUUAUAUAAUAUGAUUAAAAAUACUGCAUAUUCAGAAAGAGUGCUGCUAUUUUUACAUCUUAAAAGUUCAUUUUUAUCUAAGCUAAUAUCUUACUUGAAAAUGGAAAAAGAAAAACCUUUAUCCUAACCAAAAUUUAUUCAAAAGCUGUUUCUUUCAGUUAUUAGAAGGUGAAAUUCUGCAUAUGAAAACAAGACUUUUUAUCAGUUACCAAGCCACUGAGGCCUUGUAUUAUCUGAAGUUAGAUUUUAUCCAAAAUUCAGGAUUAAUGUGGCAAUGACAAAUACAACUAUGCAUUGAACAGUUUUUCUCAGUGGGAAAGAUCUAAUGGAUUGUGAAUAAUGUUUUUGAAAAAGUUAUACUGUGCAAUAAAAUUAAGAGACAAACUGUGAAGUACUUUACAGUUUUGUCAAACUAAUUUAUUAAUUCCAACAGGUGACCUUUUAAAAUGUUUGUUAUCAAAUCACCUUCCUUGUAGUUUAAAAUUUCUUCAUUGGGUUAGGGAUCUCAUUUUGAAUACAGACUGUCUAGUCUUUCAUGGGUAAUUAGCUGAAGCCAUGUAAGAGUAUUUAGAUUAAAAAAGAAAUCACUGCUUUACCAGUAUUUUGAUUAUAUCAACAAUUAGGAUAUGUCAGAAAUCAAAGUUGAGAGGCCAGUGUUGUGGCAUAGCAAGUUAAACUGCUGCUCCAGUUGGAGCCCAGCUGUUCCACUUGUAAUCCAGUUUCCUGCUCAUGUCCCUGGGAAAGCAGCAGCAGCUUUGGCCCCUGCCACACGUAAGGGAGACCCGAGUGUAGUUCCAUGCUCUUGUCUUUGGCCUGGCAAAGAAAAGCAGUAGAGUCCAAGGCAGACAGAGCAUGGUAACUUAGUGGCAUUUUGGCUGGAGUUUGUUUAAGGGAAUUGUGAAUGAAAAAGUUAAACUUAAAAGCCACAUCUACAGGAUCUAAAGAGAUUGAACUGUGUUUUGUAGGCCACAAAGAGUCCCUGGAGGUUUUCGCACUGGGAGGUCUGAUGAAUGCCACAUGUUAGAAUGAUUAUGUAACCAUGCAUGUGUAGGAUGGGUUGGUGAAGAGUAGCUUAGAGAAUAGUACAGGAGUCGGGGUGGUAGUGUUCCCCAAACUAUACCACUUAGAAUAUAAUUUUCUGAUAAUGUAGAGACAGUAAUAACAUCUCUUCUUUGGGGGAUUAUUUUCUUGAUUUAAAAAAAAAAACACUAUAUUAAAUCUUUCUCAUUGAAUUACAAUGUACAUUAAUACAUUAAAUACUGAUACCAAAGAAACUGAUAAUUUCACAAAUUUAUUUGCAUACAAAAGGCUUUGUUGAGUACAUAUCUAAUCGCCAACCUGCCAAGUUCCACUGAAGCCCCAGAAUUUCUGGAUUUAUCAGUUACCAACUUAUUUGUAAGUCUAACUAAGAAAUGGUAAGAGUAGAGGCAAAUUUGAAAUUCUCUUUUUUAAGAAAGAAACUGAAAUGUCCUUUAAUCCAGACCCUAUCUUUCAUGCUGGUAAUUAGAAACUGAAAGUCACCAUUGUCUUUGAGACUUUCCUAGGCUAGUAAUGCCCUUAAUGGCAUUCGUUCACCAAUCCUCUCUCCCUCACUAUACCAUAAAAUACCCAGGAAUGGGAUUAGCCCAUGUCUUACGGCCUGUAAUCUCUAUUCCUGACACAUAGUAAAUGGCAGAAAAAUAUUUAUUGAAAAUAAUGAGAAAACUGAAGAGUUUUUGAGUUACCUGUGGUCACACAGCUGAGAGCAGAAUAUAUUGAACAUAAAUGAAACACAGACAUUAUGUAUGGGUAAAAUUGAACAGGCAUGGUAAAGAAACUUAAAGACCGGACACUUGGUGUAUUCUAGGUGUAUAAAACUCACUGGCACUGUGUCACUAAUGCUCUCAGUCUGUUUCCUCAUCCAAGCUCCAAUCCAAAAUAUAGGGAGAGCUCCGUUUUUCAUUAAAAUAAAUAGUGAAAAUUAAGCAGAUAUUUUGAUUUCUGUUACAUUGGAAAUAUGUUAUGAAGGACCACAGUUAAAAACAGUCUUAAGUAUCUGCUUCUUUAUAUUUGUACGUCUAUAAUAUUCCUGGACUUCACAACUUUUUCUGUUUUUGUAUUUUCUUCACUUUUCUGGGCCUUUCAAAGGUGAUUGGAUCUUUUAAAAUGUACUAAUAUAUAUGCAUAUAUAAUAUUAGGAUCAAAAAUUUUAAAUCUUAAAAUGCAAGAGCUCCAGUUGUCAGAAGAUCAUAAAGUCUUUACUUUUAAGGACUGUUAAAAAUCACCUUCUGUGAGAUCUCAGCUUUGGGAUUUUUCUGACAUUUCAAGACUUAAAUUUGAAAGUGUGGAAUCUCUAUAAAUACAACAUUACCACAAGCCCAAAAAAGUCAAGAAAUGCAAAAGGUUAGAUUCUUACUAACUCCUCUCCCACAUUGUGCUCUAAAUUGAGUUAUGUAUCUUAGAGUUAAAUACAAAAUCAGGAAUACUUGAUAUGAAAUACAGUUUAGAUUAUGACAUAUUAAGUUUUUCUCUUUGAAUUUUGGGAAAUAAAAUUGCGUAUGUAAAUCAUUCAAUAUCACAUUUUUUGCAUGUGCCCUUAAGGCUUUUUUAUGUUUUCUUCACAUAGUCCCCUCAUUUACAACUUUAUCUUGCUGUGGACUAACCAUAUGGGAAAUCCACUAUUUUAAACUUAAGCUAUUUUUGUGGUGUUACUGCAUAAGAAAAUGCCUUUAGAGUAGAAAAAUCAUAUAUUUUUUAACCAGAUUACAUAAAUAAAAAUAUUUUUUCUAGUGGUCAUUCAUUGAUUCAAUUCAAAUUAUAUACUUUUUAACUCCUAAAUAUUUCUAGAAAGUCCCCAGUGCUAUGACUGAGUGAAAACAGAGGAUAAUAAAGAAGUGCCAUGAGACCUGGCCAUUUUCAAUGUGUUGAAGAUUUUAAAUUAUGUGUAAUUUACAUGAGACAUAUAAAUGAAAGGAUAGACUUCACUAGGAUUUUUUUUUUGCUUUAAAAAUAGGGUAUUUCUCUCCUGCAGCAGCAUCUCACAUCUCAUACAUAUGUGCAUAUUUAGUUUUCUAUGUAGCAUUCGGUCCCAAGAACACUAAUUAUAAUUUUAAAUUAUCAAUAAGAUAUAGGCUUAAAGUACAGUAGAUGUUGAAUUUCAUAUCUCUUGUAAGAUUCCCUAUCUAAAGAAAGCAACUACUUGAUGCCUUUAUUUUCUUUUUUUUUUUUUAAUUCCUAUGAACUUUAUAGUCACUUAUAUUUCACCUUUUAAGAGAUAAAAGCAGUGUUUGAAUUUAUGGGAUGCAAAUGGUGUUCGUGUCUAAGGAAAGCAAUACUGAGUGACAAGAUUAUUGGUAAUAAUUCCUCUGUCUCAGAGAACAAGUCUAAAACCUCCCUGUAGCCCUCAGUUCACGUCCGACCACCUCAGAGGAUUUCUUUGAAGCCCCUGUUGGUGGCAUCUCCAAAUGAUGUCCGUUGAUCUGCGGCUAUGCCUGGGACUGUCACUACCAACAAGUCUGGGUUGUACCGCGUCUUGGCUUUUUUCCUGUUUGUGUAUUUGCUUGUCAUCUUUCAUAUAUGUCUGCCCCCCACAGAAGUUUGCCAAAUUAUACUUCCUUGGGAGCCCUGCAGUUGCUCUCAGAGAUCUCCGCCUUGACUCUGUAUUUCUCUCCUAACGCAAGGCUAACUGAAUUCUGUGCUUCUAUCAUGCUACACUUCUCAGGGACGUUAUAUAAAGUGAACAGCUCUCUGUAGAAUCAGUAGUAUUAUCUGGUGUGUGGUGACAUCCUACAGGAGCGAGCCAGCUUCCCAAAGAGUAUGCUGUGUGUCUGCAUAAUGGGAUUAUUUCUGGAAGUGGCUCCUUUGGCCCGAGAUGUGCACCCCCUCUCGAAACACAUUUGGGUGCUUUAGGCAUUUUCAGUGUGCUUUGCAGUCAUUUUCCCUCAUUAGCCACUCAGUUGUGGUUUUGAUUCUCUCUGAUACACAGAGACAUUCGGCUACACAGUGGGUAGGAGGUAGAGGUAGGAAUGAGAACCCCAGGACAGGGACCAAGGCCCGGUUUGGCCUCUCCUUGGCUACUUUCCAUUUUGGACAGCCCAUUGUUUUUCUUUGAUGUGUGGAGUUUAAUUGCUUAUCUCCAAACACAAGGCUCGAGCGGGUGGGAGUUUGUGCGGGGAGAGCCAUUUGCCCUUUCCUGAAUGAAAAAACCUGAGCAUCAUUCCACAGUCUAUUUUCCACAGAGAACCAUGCUGUAAGGGUGGUACAAAAAUGUUAUUUUUGACUGCCCAGUGUUGCCCAGGCUUGGCCCUGAUUUAUCUCCUGACCUCACAGUAGCCUCUCGUGCCCGCCUGGCCACAGAGCUUGAUUAUUUUGUAAUUUGAUCUUCACAGGGACUCCAGCUCCUGGCCCGCUCCAGGCAGCAGAGUGUGGCAGCAGGCCUGCCCACUCGCCUCAGCUUCUAGCAUCACAUUCCGCCUUCUCGGCGCUUCUGACAUUGGCUGCCUACAAAGUUCAGAGAAGCUUGAAGUCAGCCCACAACAGAGGGAGACAGAAAAGGAGCUUUUAGAAAGCUCGGGAAUCUUGGUCUCAUAUGUGUCUUCUCUUAAUAGAGUCAGUCCCACAACCCUGAAUAUCUCUGGCUUUCAAAGAAAAAACUUUAAGUGUCGGACAGUUUUCAAAAAUCAUUUUUCCAACUUGAACACUAUUUUUAGAGCUAUCAGGUUUUAACUAUCAACUUUUGUACAUUUCCGUAAUAUGUUAAGGCUCUUCAGAAAAGAUGAGGAAAUCCUCUUUUUCACGUCUUUUAGCGGCCGAUUGUUAUGGGUCAUCAUAAUUAGCACAGCACCCUUCUUUCCUUCAGCCAGAUAUUUAUAGGAGGAUGAUACUUGUCAACAUCUUUAUGAGAUAACAUGACUGCAUCCUGUUGGCUGCAGAAGAAAAGCACAGUGUGCAGCCUGGCACAGUGACAUGACCUGGAAAAUUGAGAGCCCACACCAUUUUCAUUUCCUUCAUCCAGCAAAUUUUUGUUCACCGCCAAAAACGUGCAUUCCCUCCUUUAGGCACCAAUGAAACAGCAGCGAGCUAGACACAACCCCUGCUCUCCCUGGGCUUAAAGUUUCCUCUGAGACAUAAAAACUCUUACACAGUAAAUCUGUUUAGAAGCUUUCAGGAAUUACAUUGGCCAAUUCCAAAUUUUGUUAGGUGUGAACCAGAAACCCUGAGAAUUGGAAACGGCUUUGGAGUAGUUUGCAGAGCCUCUGUCCUCCUACAGUGAGGAAUGCCCUCCAUGGGGUUUGUUCAGGGGAGCGAACAAAAUAUGCACUUCAGGUUUCAUUGUUCAUAAGUGAGGAAAUCAUGACCAUCAGUUAAGAUACAAUCUAAAACCUAGCCAAAGCUCCGCUGAAACACUUCGGUUUUCUGACGUUAUCAUUCAGAUGUUCAGUGGACCAGCAAGAAAGCUUGGAAAAUGAAGCAUAAACAAUGUGGUGCUGGUUUGCUUUAAAAUCCCUAAUAUAUGUUUUGUAAACAAAGCUUAUAAAAGUUAGUACUCUACUAAUUAAAUAACAAGAAAGAUUUUAUGACUCCAUGAAAAGCCAGAAUUUAAAAUGCCUUCAGGGGACCAGGUGCUGCAGUGACAUCACUGGGUGUCACACAGCUUUUUUUCCCCCUCGAUACUUGUAUUUGGUCAUAAUGGGAAGAAAUUGAUUCCAAAUGUGUUUUCUUGACCCCCUUCUGCAUUCGUGUUAGUGCCUAACCUUAAACGAUGUUUCUACAAUCUCGGUUGUAUUUACAGUAAUUAUAUGCAUAAUGUAGCAUAUUAUUGUCCAGGCUUCCUGUUUAAUCAGUACAGAGCUUCUUACAAGUGCAACUGAAAAGGGCAAACAAAAUUAAAGCUCUAUAUACCAAAACAAGUUUGAUUUGCUAAGCUCCCAGCAUUCCAAAGUACACAAAUUUGUUCCACUAAGUUUUCCGAUGGCUUGCAGAUGGGCAAUGAUUAAUCAGAGAGCUAACUGUGAAGUAGUUUGCAAUUAAACUGGAAAGCUCUGAAGCAUGCUAAUUGAAUCAGAAAAUUAGAGACACUGAACAGUAAUUGGCUAUUUCUCAUGCAGCAGGUGCCAGGCCACUCAUCUGUGGAACAAGGUAUUUAAGGCACAUUAGCACUAGUAAAAAUACUUCUUGAUAUGGAACAGUUAGAUUUUCUGCUCAUUUUCACCAUGGAUGUCAAAACAUACAGCUGUGCUAUCUGGUACUUGCAAUUCAUGUUUGAAGAAUUUAAGUUAGGUAAACAUAUGGGAGAAAAUGGUGGGCAACCUCGAAGUGCACAGGAAGCAUUUUAGCAGUGAAACCAAAAAAUGAGGGGCUGAGGUUUUGUUUUCUCAGCUCAAUCACUUUUGCUUUCUUAUCAUCCAUAUUUAGAGGUUGAAUUUUCUGUUUAGUGUUAGUUUAAAGCAACAACAGUAUAAAUCUAGUACCGCUGUGACUUUAGUAGAUACAUAAAGCCAAUUCAUACCAUGUCUCAGCAUGAGUUUAUAUCUUCUAAUUAGUACCACCAUUUUAUAGAGCGAGCACACGCUAUGAAAGUUUGUUUGCCAUGCCAACAGGGACCAGAACAUGGAGUUUUUCUGUAGUGGAACGAUCCUGCCGUAGGAUCGUGAACAACUGCAGCCUAACCAAGUGGGUAAUCAGGCAAAAAUGGGAUUUAAUAAAUUAAAUUGUAGACAGUUUCAAAAAAUAAUAAGCAUUUUCUUAUUAUCAAGGGUGGGGCGUAUGACUUCUGUUGCUUUCAUUAGAGUUCAGCAUUGUUAUUAGAAAGUGAAAAGUAUAAACAAAAAUAAAAUAUAUACUAAAUUAUACUGUGUUGGGGAGCAGAAUAUUACAAUAUCCACAUGCUAAUCUUAUUACUUAGCAGAUGACUGCAGAAAAGAGCGAGUUUGAAUCAAGAGACAUAAAUUAUAAAGUGUAAAUUGUAAACAGUGCAUAGGGGAUAUGUUAUAACUGUGUCUCAUUUAAAUUAAGGCAGGGAGUUUUCUCCACACAAAUAAUCUCCUUCAUUAAGUUUUAAAGUUUCCUUUAUAAGGUUUUAUUAAGAACAUUUGGCAACACGUUACCAAAACAGGUUUUAAGUUGAACACGUAGUUUUUUAAAAGUACGACAUUCUACAAACAUAACACGUGAAGCGCUUCUUUUUCUUUUCUUUAAGUUAAAGCAAAAACUCCUCUUUGGCAGGCCGCCUUCCCAAGUCCCAAGAAACCAUGUGCGUUUUGCUUUCUUUCCUUUGAAAGCAGUUCUGAAACAUUUACAUGAUCAAUGUCUUUUGCUUGAGGGAUAAAGUUUGCUCUUCCAUGGACAAGUGAGAACAUAUUGAUCAUUUUAUUCUAUUUGCUAUUUCUAAAUUCAAUAUACCUCUUGAGUCGAUAAGCGAGAUGGAGAGCAUAUUCUUUUCUGUGUGUGCCUGGUUGUAGCUUGUUCUCAAGAUCCAAGAUACAUUUUUGAUUAAUCACGAAUGCUCCGAGGUCAUGGAGAGCAAACGUGUUUGUGGAGUGUCAGCUGAUGCUGUCAGAUAAAUGUCUUAAGCUUAGCCAGGGUUCAUGCCCCAGCUUUAGGCUGUGCCGAACGUCCCCCCUUGUUGAGGAAGAUAACAGCUACACUGGAGGCGACUGAGCUGCUUGUCCACUGAAAGGGCUGACCUUGCCAUGUGGGGCUACAAUCAGGUGAAAGAAAGAGUGUAGAUGUUUUAAUUGAAACUUUAUAAAUUUAGACUUCUGAUUUGAUUCAGAUGAUCCUGGUAUCUACUAACUUACAUUCUAGGCCUUAUAUCUGGUCUGAUUUUAACUGUCUCUUGAGUCUUUCUGAUUAGACUCUUUAGGACAAACGAUUUCUCCAGUGUUGCUCUUGGUGUAUUUUGGGAAUAUUUUAGCACUAUCGGUGUGUUAUUGAAAUCCUGCAAAGACAUGAAAAUGUUUGUGAGAAUCCUAAGGGAUACAUUUCUCUUUGGGUGUGUGUAGUAGAAAUCACUCUUGCUUAGCAGUGUUUUCAAAUCCACUAAACAAAAUUAUGAUCUGGACAAAGAGAGGUCACUUGUGUUAAUGACCCUUGUCCAUGUACCCUCUUAUCUUCAGAGGACUCAUUUAAUCACAUUUACCCCCACUUACAGUAAUUUGUCUUCUUUUACUAGACAGAGUCUAUAAAUAGGAAAUAAUGACAAACCUAUACUCACACCUGGAGAAUGCCUUGUACUGAGGCUUUCUCUAUUUGAGACUAAAGGCAAGUGGAUUGAUCAUAUGGUGAUGCAUAAAUAAAUGAGUUCUCUGUGGGCUAUUUGUGAGCAUUCGCUGCAAAAUAUAUUUAAAAAAAAAAAAAAAAAGCUUCCUCCCAUCGUAUUCCAGUUUGUUCUUUUCUCCAAAGAAGCUGGUCUACUUUCCUCUCAAGAAGUUCAGGCUGCCAUGGGUAAAUCAUCAGUGCUAAUUAGACACAAUAAUGCUGUUUUUAAAAAAAGAAAGAAAGAAAUAACACAUCUGUCACGAACUCCCACCAGAUCUCUUGGAAAUGAGACAUUUUAAAUAUUUUAUGCUGAACACAAAAUAUCUUGAGGAAAUGGUUUUAUAUUUUGUAUCCCAAAACAAAAUCAUCAGUGUCAGCGAGCAGUGCUGCUUAAAAACAUUCCGUUUUAAAUUAUUUCAUUUAAAAUUCCCUCACACUUGAAAUGUAGAUUCUACUAGCUAUAUAUAAAAUCCAGAUUGUAAAGUAGGAAAGCUUAAUGGAACGAGAAGAAAAUGAAAGAUAUUCUAUUAAUUUCGAAAAACCUUUCCUUUUCCAAGUGAUACACUGAAGAAAUCUGUUGCAUUUCAUUACCUAGAGAAAACUCUUUUAUGUAUAUUGCUGUUAGUGAACAAGGUGAAUUCUGGCUUGGUUUGACUUGACUUGCUUUAGUUUGGUUUGGUUUCCUCAAUGACUAAAAUUACAAACAGACCAGGUAGUAAUGAGAGGCCAAGGAUAACUUCAUGCUCAAAUGUGAAACUUCUGGGGAUAGGGUUAAAAGAAUCAAAUCAGAUUAUGCCCUUUUAUAAUUUUCUGAAUUAUUUAAAGAUUAAUAAUAACUAAUUCCAGAUCAGACUUGUAAAUAAUGGUUUUAGUGUAAAUAUGGAGUUCUUAAAUUCUCUUUUCUUCCAACUUAAUUACAGUUUACUUCUGGUCUGAAUUUUGUGGUUAGUAUUUCUUUAAGUCUUCUUUGCCCAUCAUCCUUAAUUGUUCUUUCUUCUUUUCCUCAUUAUCUCAAGAAAUGCUUUUUAUGCACUAGAAUAUCAGUGGUGCAUGCAGCAACAUUUCUGUCACUACUUUCUGGAGACUACUGCCAAAAUGUGGUUAACCCUUUCAUUGAUUUGGUUCUCAGUCUCAUCAUGUAAAAAAACAUUGAAUGUUGUCAUGCCCUAGCCAGAUCUAGGAAGAACCUUGGAACUGUUUGAUGUUCAUAUGUGUGUAUGUUGUGUUAUGUAGGAGAAUGAUGGUUGAUCGUGAUACAGCAACAAAAGAUUUUCUUAAGAUUUGGAGAUAAUUCUCAACAUGAUUUAGACCCACCUAUGGAAGGUAAUGGUACAAUAAAUUCCUCUGAAGUAGGACUGACAUGCUGCUCCUCAAACUUACCAUCCCCUUAGCCAGUAAGUACUAUCAUACCUACACACUAACUUGCUCUUUCCAUUGAGGUGACUAAACGUUAGUACCUCUUUAACAUUUCUGUUUUUCCUCAUAUUGUCUUCUAGUUUUAUCCUUUUCUUUUUUUAUCUUCCCAUUGAAAGUUUUAAAAAUUCUUUUUACUUAUCAGAGAGAGAGAGAGAGAGAGAGAUUGCCCCCAUAUACUGAUUUGCUUCCCAAAUGCCUGCAGUGACCAGGGCUGGGCCAGGGCUUAAGCUGGGAGCCAGAAACUCAUUCCAGGUUUCCCUUGUAGGUGACAGGAACCCAAUUACUUGAACCAACACUGCAAAUCCCCCAAGAUUUACAUUGACAGGAAGCAGGAUUCAGUAGAUAGCUGGGGAUAGAACCCAAGUUCUGUGAUUUGGGAUGUAGGCAUCCUUAUCUGUAGGCCAAGUACUAUUCCCCUCUCAUUUAAAGCUUAACUCUAGGGGCAAGCAUUUGUUGCUAUGGUUAAGUCACUGCUUGGGACACCUGUUUCCCAUGUUGGAGUGUCUGGUUCAAAAUCCCAGCGACACCACUCAGAAGCAGAUUCUGAUUCAGUUUCCUGUGCCAUGGGAGGCAGUAGAUGAUGGCGCAAGGAUUUGUAUCCCUGCCAUCCACGUAGGAGCCCCGAUUGAGUUCCAGGUUCCUGGCUUCAGCCUGGUCUAGCCCUGGCUGUUGUACAUUUGGGGAAUAAACCAAGAGAUGGAAGAUUGAUAUUUCUCUCUUUCUCUGCCUGCUACCCCCACUUCUCCUUUCAAAUAAAAUGAAAAUAAUUUUUUUAAUUUAAGAUUUAUUUAUAAGUCAGAAUUAUAGAGAGACAGAGAGAAAGCAAAGAAGCGAGAGCGAGAACGAGAGAGAGAGAGAGAGAUCUUCCAUCCACUGGCUCACUCCCCAAAAUGCUGCCACUGCUGUGGCUGAGGCCAGGAGCUUCUUCCACGUUUCCCAUGUGGGUGCAGGGGCCCAAGGAGAUGGGACAUCUUCUGCUGCUGUCCCAGGUGCAUUAGCAGGGAGCUGGAUCAGAAGUGGAGCAUCCAGACUCCAACCAAUGCCCAUAUGGAAUGUUGGAGCUGCUGACAGUGGCUUAAUCUGCUGUGCCACAGCACUGGCCCCAAUAAAAAUUUUAACAUAAAAAAUUUGAGUCUAAAUGAUCAUUUAUAUCAGUGACCAACCAUGCGGUAUAAAAAUGAAAAGGUCUCAGUAUAUUAACAUGGUAUUUUUCUGAACCUCUUUUUCAGUACAAGAUCUUGUUUGAAAAUUUGAGAAGUCAUCUCAAAAUUUCUGGAAAGAAACAAGUACCACAGAUCCAAAAUUUCUUUCUAUAAGUCAAAUUUUGUUUCAUUUUUAAUAACAUAAAAACUGAUGGCAUUUUCAGUUUCUUAUUAGAGUUGCAAAUCCUACUUUUUGUUAAUCAAGUGUUGGGACUGGUUUUGAUCAUACAUAAAGAUUUUUUAAGAACAUAAGUCCCAGCUCUUAUUUACCACUUAGAACAAAUUCUCAAAUAACAUUGAAAUUCUACAUUAGUUCAGUUCAUCAUCCAAGAUUACUUUUUAACUAAGAUUUUCAUCUUUAUACUUGACUCCACAUACCAAAAAAAUUUAAUGCUGAAGUUUCUGUUCUGCUUCUUUACAUCCUAAACUUUUUUAAUUUAUUACAAAACUGACAAUAAAAUCAUUAUUUGCAAUUUUUACUGAGUAACAAUCGAUAUAAUACUUAUGACAUAUAUAACAGUUUAUUUUCUCAGACUAAUGUGGUUUCUUCAAGUUCCUGGAAGGUGUGAAAUUACCAGUGCUCUGUCAGACAGAAUCUAUGCAAAAUGUGUUGUUUAAGGGUUUAUGUUGCCUGCCGUUAAUGAGGAAAACAGUUCAUCAUUGCUAGCAUGUAGUCAGGGUCAGCAUUUUGUGUAUCACAAUGGAAGUCCUGGAACAGUGGUGUUCGGAUCCUCCUGUGACGAGCCAAACUAACCUAUUCUAAGAUCAUUUUCCCUUUCUAACAGAAGCACUUUCAGCCAAGCCCAAGUGAGAACAAAAACAGAGAAUUAUUUUAAACAGUAAAAUUGCCCAUGGAAGUAACCUGGCACUGUUAAGUGGACACUCACCAGUGCGUUUUUGUACGUAACAGAGUAACAGCAACUCUUGAGUCAGUCCCUGUCUAGACAUUUCCAAGUACAGAAAUGUACAAGAAACAUUAUGUUAGUAAUCUCCUGUUACUCAUUAGGCAAAACUAAAUACAACAUGUAAAGAAUGAAAUCAUGCUCUUCACUGUCCCUGUGUAUUUUGUGGGACUUUAACUAAUCUGCUGCUUUUCUCCUAGACUUAAUGAUACAUUGGCAUUUUUAGUAGAAAUACCAGGAAUGAUGCGUGGUCCUGAAUACAGUGAGCCUAUUUCCUUUGCCCUCGGGAAAGGCUCCUGAAUUUAUGUCUGACUUGAGGACUCACAAAUUGCUUCUUUGUUCUAGGCCUACCCAAAAAGAGUGCUCCUGUUUACUGAAUAGGUGGAAGGCCAGGUCAGCUCAAGGAUGUAGAACAACGAGAUGAUAGGCAAGGGCAUGGAUAACUGGAGUCCAGGUUUCAGCUUUGUUGCAAGUGCCAUGGGCCACUUGAGCUGGGGAGUGACAGUCCCUGUUUGAUAGAGAAUGUGGACUGGUAGGAGAGAAAGAGUGGAACCAGCUGACCACCCAGGAAGCUGUUGCAGUAGCCUAGGCAGCAGAUUACGGUGGCUUGGACAGUGUGGUAAGGUGGAGAGGGGAAGAAAUGUCCAACCCAGUCAUUUAGAUACAGGAAGCGAGAGGAUGGCAGGAUGAAGGGUGACUCAUCGAUCUUUGGCCUGAACGUCUGGGUAGUGUCAUUUACUGAGCUGGUCUGGAAUAGGAAUCGGUUUAGGAAGAAAUACCCAAAUAAAUAUUGGCAUUUACUCAUGUUCUCUUUUUAUGUUUAAAGGAAAUAGUCUAGAGAUCAAAGAGAGAUUUUAGGGUAAGAAAGAAAAAAACUAGAAAAUGCAUGACUUUAAAAAUUCUCUUUCACCAAUUUGUGAAACUUUUAGCAUAACCUAAAAUUUACUUGAUUAGAAUGUAGGGCUCUAACAGCAUGUAUGAUCAGGAUAUAAGACUCAUCAUUGACUAACAUGGGCUACAUGAACCCGCAAGGUCAGCUCGUUUUGACCAAUGCAGACUUCAUUCAAAGCAUGCAAAGCAGCCACUUUACAGUUUGUGCGGUUUUUCAACAUGAGAAUGAGCACAUAACUUGAAAAUCAACUUCUGGCUGCUCUUCUUCCAAUCCAACUCUCUGCUAAUAGCUUGGAAAAGCAAUGAAGAUGUCCAAAGUCCUUGGGGCCUGCUCCUAUGUGGGAGACCCAGAAACAGUUCCUGGCUCUUGGCUUCAGUCUGGCCCAGUCCCAGCCAUUGCAGCCAUUUGGGGAGUAAACUAACAGAUAGAAAAUUUUCUCUCUCUCUCUCUCUCUCUCUCUCCUUCUCUCUUUAAGUAGCCAGGAGGCAAGAGCUCCUUCUAGAUCCCCUACAGAUGCAGGAGACCCAAGCACUUGGAGUGUCUUUUGCUGCUUUCCCAGGUGCAUUAGCAGGGAGCUGGAUCAGAAGUGGAGCAACCAGUACUCGAACCAGUGCUCAUAUGGGAUGCCAGCACCAUAGAACAGUGGUUUAACCCACUGUGCCACAGCCCAGCCCUGAUAACUCUUGGUGUUAUUAAAUGGCUGAGUAGCCCAUUGCAAAUAGGUUUUCUCUGGUCAGCCCAUUCAGACUUGACCAAAGUGCCCUUCAAGCCUGGUUCUGGCAGUCAGCGUGAAGAAGAUGUGACCUCAGAUAUUCUUCCACCUCCAUGGCAGCAGUGUUACCAUUGUAGUGUUCUGAUGCACCGCUUCUCAGCCUGUGGACUGAGAUCUAAUCUAGUGUUCUGAUGCAGGUGUGUGAAAACUCUGUCCGUCAGUCACUGAAUUCCAGCACAUUUGAAAGAGGGGACUUUUCUGCGUGUGCUGAACAUUUUGUUAAUUUGUGCGCACUUCUUAGGUGCCGGGUUGUCUGCUUUGACAGACUGGUUUUUAUUUUCAUUUUGUGUGUGGUAGGGAAGGAAAAUCAGGACUGAGUGGCUGUCGUAAGAAAAGCUAGACUGGGAAGGGACAAAUUUGGUAUUUUACUUCAAAAAUGCAAAGAAGGCAGGCUUUUAAAGUGAUAGCCCCCAUCAAUUUCAUUUAGAUAUUUUGCAGAAAGUACUUUGCAAAGUUCCGAAAUCCCUAUUCAGACAUUUUGAAUCACAGAUUUCUGUGUGGGUAUCAGCUUGCUUCCCUGAGCAGCCAGUUUCCCCCAUGGCAGAUCGACAGACCCGGUGGACUAAGUAGAAGGGAUGUCUGCACUCUGUAUUGACCAGUAAGCCAUCCAUUGUCUCUUUCAUGGUCUGAUGAUCAAUAAGGAGGGAAGUGGAUGAAUGAUAAGACAAGGAGAAAAGACUUUGAUAAGAAGCUGUUGUUAUCAAAGUGUAAGAGUGGAGAAGAUCAAAAUACGGCCUGAGAUGAAGUUGGGGGAAUAUCUCGAGGUGUUAAUACUCAAAAACCAAAACCAGGGGGGGAAAGCAAUUAAACAGCAGCUUAAUGCAUUGGGUGAAAUUGGCUCCAAUUUUCGUUUUCUUCUCUGGCUGCCCGUAUGGUAUUUUGGAAAGUUCCUGAUUUCUUUGUCCUCAUUGCCUUAUAAAAGCUUCUGUCAGCCAAGGUCCUGUUCCCAUUCUUUUGUCACCCUAAUAAACGAGGACUGUCAUCUCAUCUGCUUUGCUUUUACAUAUCAUAGUCCUUUUGGCCUUCAAAAUAAAGUGGCAAUAACUUAAAAUAUUUUUGCAUUGCUUUUUAAAUUAGAGUAACUUUUAAUUACCAAGGGAAAAAAAUACUAGUAGAAAAAGAAGUUGAGGGGCUGUGCUGUGGCUCACUUGGUUAAUCCUCCACCUGCAGCGCCAGCAUCCCAUAUAGGCACCGGGUUCUAGUCCCAGUUGCCCCUCUUCCAGUCCAGCUGUCUGCUGUGGCCUGGGAGGGCAGUGGAGGAUGGCCCGAGUGCUCCCUGCACCCGCAUGGGAGACCAGGAGAAAGCACCUGGCUCCUGGCUUCGGAUCAGCGCAGUGCCGGCCGUAGCGGCCAUUUGGGGAGUGAACCAACGGAAGGAAGACCUUUCUCUCUGUCUCUCUCACUGUCUAUAACUUUACCUGUCAAAAAAAAAAAAAAAAAAAAAGUUGAGAGACUGAGAUUAUGAAAUAUUGCAUAAAAUUAAGUACAACAUCAUGAGCACUCUGAUUUAGGUGUUCUGUACUCCUCCUCCAUCUAGGCUUUGUAACUUCACAGUCACUAAGAAUGACAUUGAAGCUUUCUUGUCUAGUAGUAAUGAAAUUCACUUUAAGUGUGCAAAAUCUGUGGUAUGAAUUUACCUAUAAACUGGCUCAAUAAACCAAUGAAUGUCACUAGCUGCAUUAUGGCUUGACUUUGAAAAAUGCAUUCUUAAGAAUUCUCAAUGGCCGGCGCCGCGGCUCAACAGGCUAAUCCUCCGCCUAGCAGCGCCGGCACACCGGGUUCUAGUCCCGGUCAGGACGCCGAAUUCUGUCCCGGUUGCCCCCCUUCCAGGCCAGCUCUCUGCUAUGGCCCCAGAGUGCAGUGGAGGAUGGCCCAAGUGCAUGGGCCCUGCACCCCAUGGGAGACCAGGAGAAGCACCUGGCUCCUGCCUUCAGAUCACCUCGGUGCGCCGGCCACAACACGCCGGCUGCAGCGGCCAUUGGAGGGUGAACCAACGGCAAAAGGAAGACCUUUCUCUCUCUCUCUCUCUCUCUCACUGUCCACUCUGCCUGUCAAAAAAAAAAAAAAAAAAAAAAGAAUUCUCAACAGCAGGCAUCUGUCAAGAGUGAAUAUCACAAAGAGAAUGCUUCAAAAAGUUAUAGGAAACGGAAUUAAAGAUAUGUUUAUUUUGGUUCAAAAUAUUUUGGAAUCCAUACAUGCAAGGGGUCUUCAAAAAUUUCAUGGAAAUGGAUGUUUUGAAAAACCAUGUGUAUUUUAACAUUGUAAGCCCCCUCAUGUGUUGGGCACUCCAUGAGGUUGUGGAUAUAUAGAAGUGGACAGUGUGAUUCAUGCCCACUGGAAGCUUAGAGUUUAAGGAAAAUACUGACUUUCACUUCUAAAACUACUAAAGUGGCAAAGGUGGGAAAUGAUUGGAGCUACUGAGAGGACAAGGGGGGUCAUAAGGGGUGUCAGCCUUGAAGAGGAAGGCAGAACAGAGGGAUGCAGUUGAAAGUGUUAAAAAGGAACUCCUAUAUGAAAAGGCAGAGAGAAAUGAGCAGGAUGAGAACCUGCUCACUGCCAGAAAUGUUGUAUUUGCAGCUCAGCACCAAGUACUGAUAAGGCUUAAAUGCUGUACCUUCUGAUUUUCUGCAUUUUCUCAAAAUAUGGAUUGUGAUCUGGAGUUUACAUAUGCAUGUCUGGACUCCAAAGAAAUAAAAAUUAAUAAUUUCCAUUUAUGAACCACAAAUUAUAUACAUCUCUUACAUUUACAAUUCAUGCAUAAAAUUUGCUUUUGUGAUCUUGAUCUAUCAUUGUGUUGAGAGUCCAUGUCAGCAUUUGCUGACAGUAUUCUAUAUCAAGAUACCCCACCCUGAAGUGAAACUUUAAGGGAAAUGUUCUUGGACAGUGAGGUGGUUUUUUUACUUUUUAAUUUUAAAAAGUAAAUUAAUUAUUAUAAGUAAAGUAAUUAUUAAUAUAACAGAACAGAUUUCAUAGAAACACUUCUAAGAACAUUGUAAUAUUUCCCUCCUUUCCCUCUCUCCUUUCUCCUUCCUUCCUUUCUUCUUUUUCUUUUAAUUUUUGUAAUAACAUACUCUCAAUUUAUUUUAUAAUCACAGGCUUAAUGCUCAACUAAAUAUAGUGUCCAAAAGUAAAAAGCAGAAAAACCACUGUUCCACAGGAAUAUAGAUAAGUGCUAUAAACAAUAAUCAAAUAGUAGGAUGUCAGUUUUCACUCUUAACACGGUUGUUUUUAUUUUUGUUCUUGCUUUUGUACUCCAUAUAUUAACUACCAAGGAUCAGAGAAAACAUGUGAUAGUUGUCUGUUUGAGGACUGGCUUAUUUCACUAAGCAUAAUGAUCUCCAGUUGAUUCCAUUUCAUUGCAAAAGACAGGAUUUCAUUCUUUUUAUGGCUAAAUAGGAUUCCACAGUGUAUACAUACCACAUAUUCUUUAUCCAGUCAUCAGUUAAUGGACAUCUGUGUUGUUUCCCUAGCUUAGCUAUUUCAAACUGAGUGGCUAUAAACAUGGAGGUACAGAUAACUUUCAUAUGCUGAUUUCAUUUCCUUUGGGUAAAUUCUCAGGAGUGGGAUGGCUGGAUCAUACAGCAGAUCCAUUUCUAGGUUUUUGAGGAGUCUCCAUACCUUGACAGUGAGUUUGAACCAAAUUGGAAGGAAGUAAGGAACAUCCAUUUUUGAGUAGGAAGGUAGGCAUUCCAGGGGGCAUAUAUGCUAUAUCCUAUAUAUGCAUAUAUUCUAUAGAAUGUGGCCUAUGGAGGUAGUAAUAAGGGAGUAAAAAAUAGUUUUGUUGAUUUGGUUAGCACCUGUCAUUACUUAGGAAGUUGCAUGGAUCAUCUUUGGAAUGGCCUAUGAACUCUAAUUUAGUCAUAAAUCUUUUCUCUGGUAAAUGAGCUAGUACAGGCAUUGUUCAUGUAUGUCUGUUUAAAAAAACCUAUAGCACUAUGUAUUUGAUAUGUUGAUGAAUUUCCAGAAGUUGAGCAAAGUACAAGGGGUUCUGGUUAGAGAAGAAUACAGCCUGUGCCUGCUUUUCUGCUUUACAAGUUCCAUGGUGUAAAAUGUGUACCCAGUUUUUCACGAGCAAGCCUUUAUAAAAAUCAUCCUGCUUUACUUCUCAUUAUCAAAGUGGGCAGUGUACCGCCCGUAUGGCAUUCAUGUGAACUGUGAGUGCUCUGAAUAAGGUCGAGAUGAAAGGGGAUCCUUGAGUCUGCAUUUAUUAACAUGGAGGCUGAAAUCUUUAAAGAUACCUACCCAGGUAUCUUGUGUAAUCUCCUAUCAGGAUUGUAUCUGGGUUGCAGUUUGUAUGACACUACCUGUUUUGAAUAGGAGAAAGGCUCAUUGUUACUGUCAGGCCUGUUUUCAAACUAAAUAUGCAUCUAGUCCUUUGUGGCUGCCAUUUUUAUCAGGCAUUCAAAACAGCUUCCCUGUCCUGAUCUGCCAUUUUCCUGCAAAUCACUGUUUCACUUGUAUGAUUGCUAGUGAGACAAGCUUAGACUUCACUGCCUUUCCCUCAGUAGCAGAGAAAAGAAACGUCUCUGCAGAGAAAGUUGAUUCAUGUGUAAAUUAUCACUUGGCCUUUAUUUGCUUGGCCUGUGGAGAGCACACAUGCAGAUAAAAGGCUCGGUAGGUCAGGGCUCAGUACGUGCAGGUUUCUCUGGUGGCCGCAGUGACAGCAUUGGAAUUGUUGUCACAGAUUAUCAGACACGCUAUGAUGUCUUAUCAUUAUUUAUUUGCAGUUUCUCUGUAAAAUAAACUCCAACGCAGAAAAUGCUUCUAUAGUAACAGAGCACCCCAUGUACCUGGCCCCUGUUUAUUUUAUCAGCUCACAUUCUAAAUAAUAAAAAUUGGCUUGGGUUUCCUUGAUGUCCAGGCUGGGUAUCGUCAUUUUUCCGUCGUCAGUAUUUCUGUCUCUGGGCUGUCUCCUUCUCUUUCUUCUACUUCACGUUUUAGCUCCUUCAAACUUGAGUGUUACCCAAGUUUGCUGAGUACUACCUUAGCAACGUCUCCUAUCAAUCAAGGUAGAUGUAAAAUGCUGUUUUGGAUAAUGGGUAGCAACUCUGAGCACCGUGUGGAAAUUAGAUAUAUAAAUUGCAAAGUCUAUUCUUCUGUGACUCAUUUGGUUUUCUUUAAAGUGUAACAUUUCACACAGACUCAGUAUUAACUUUACUAAUUUUUUUAAAGAUUUAUUUUAUUUAUCUGAAAGACAAAGUUACAGAGAGAGGGAGAGACAGAUCUUCCAUCUGCUGGUUUUCUCCCCAAAUGGCUUCAACAGCAGGGGCUGGGCCAGGCCAAAGCCAGGAGCCAGGAGCUUCAUCCAGGUCUCCCUCAUGGGUGGCAGGUACUCAAGCUUUUGGACCAUCUUCUGCUGCUUUUACAAGGCCAUUAGCAGGGAGCUCAAUUGGAAGGGUAGCAGCCAGAACACAAACCAGCACCCAUAUGGGAUGCCGGCGUUACAUGUGGUAGCUUUAGCCCUUAAGCCACAGUGCUGGCCCCUACAUGUAAGUUACCUUUCAUUGUCACAGAGGCCUGAAUAGCAAGGGAAUAUCCCUCUUCCAUCUCCUUUUCUCUUUCUUCUUCUUCCACCACUGAAGCCAUCGGAGAUCUGGAAGGGGGACAGUCCCACAAUGCGGUAAUAACUGCCCUGAGACAAGUCUUCCCCUGUGUGUCCACCCCACCCUGCCAGCUGUGAUGGCCUGUUUUCUUUCUCAACUUCCGCUACACUGAAAUAACUCACUGAGCUUAGCCCCACGUAAAAAGAAAAACAACUCGUGGGAAACUGCUAAACCAGGGUAAAGAGAAUGCUUCCAUACCCCUUAGUCCCAAAUGGUAGCUAUACAGAAUAAUCCGAGUAGAAACAUUCGUAUUUUAGCCUGUAGGAGAAGUUUGGCAGUGACAGCCUAGUUAUUGAUCACUUGAUUGACUGCGUCAGGUGUGGUUUGGUUUCAGCCAGGGAGGGAUCAGAGAAGGCGCAGUGGCAGGAAGCAGGGAAGCUGCAGGAGAGUGGCUGAUGGAGUCGGCGUGCAGGUGCUGUGUUCUGAACGAGUCCCCUCCAAAACCCAGGUGCUGUGAGUAGUGUUACUGAGAGGUGGGGCUUAGGGGAGGCAACUGGCAAUGAGGAUGGGGCCCCUCUGAGUGGCAGUAGGUGCCUUCUAAAACUGAUGGAGGGAGUUCCUCCAUCCUGCCCUCUGCCUUCCACCAUAGGGGGACAGCAGUCCACCCCCCACCCCGGAGGAUGCCCCCCCCACACCCCGACAGGAACCUGCCCAUGGCUCGAUCGUGGACCCCUCAGCCUCCCGAGCUGUGAGAAAUGAAGUUCCCCUCUUUAUAAAGGACCCGGCCUCAGGUAUUUUGUUGCAGCAGCACAAAACAGAUUAAGACAGUGGGGUGAAUUCAGAAGAUGACAUUAUCAGAGAGCAAGCUGGCUCAACUCCGUCGACCAUCUUUCUACUCACUAAGGCCUCGGGAGGGAGGGUGAAUAAUCGUAAUGAGGAUUAUCGCCUCAGUGCUCCUAGCACUCAGGAAUUUUAAGGAAGUCAUAAAAUUCUGCUUGUACAUUGGUAUAAUUGAUGUCUUACUGAAGACAUGUAGUUAGGUGUGUGGGUGUGUAUAAAUACAUUCAUAUAUGUGUGUAUGGCAUUUAGCAUACAAAUAUAACACUUGAGUAUAAGUAUCAACAGUUGUGGCAAUUUUCCUAAGAAUUUAUCUUAUGCAUCUGUGUUGAGAUAUGCUUGCUAUAAUUAUGACAAUUAAAGACAUUUAAAAGUAGCAAACAGAUUUGUUUUUAUAUAUAAUAAUUUAUUUACCUUGGUAGCUGAACUCAAUACAGUAUCUCCUUUUGAGUUAACUUUUAUCCAGUGGGGUGAUCUGUUUCAACCAGGCCCUUUUGUUUAUAGGAAGAGACCCACUCAGCUAACUCAGCCCCUAAUACUUGAAAUGAAUUUAUAGUUUGUCUCUGAAAGAAGCUCUUUUUCGAAGAUUUGUUUUAUUUUUUGAAAGGCAGAGUGACAGAGAGAGGAAGAGACAGAGAGAGAAAGAGAUCUUCCAUCUGCUAGUGCAUUUUCUAAAGGGCCAAGGCUAAGCCAGGCUGAAGCCAGAAGCCAGGAACUCCAUGAGGAUCUCCCAUCUGGGUUACGAGGGUCCAAGUAUUUGGGCCAUCCUCUGCUGCUUUCACGGGCGCAUUAACAGGGAGAUGGUUCAGAAAUGGAGCAGCCCAGCUGUUGUGACCAUUUGGGGAUUGAACCAAGAAGAUAUCGCUCUCCCUCUCCCUAUCUCUGUAACUCUGCCUUUCGAAUACAUAAAUAAACCUCUAAUUAAGAAGAAAUAAAAAAAAAAAAACUGGAGCAACUGGGACUGGAACCAUGCUCAUAAGCGAUGCCUGAAUCACAGGCAUUGGCUUAACCCACUGCAACACAGUGCUGGUCCCAAGAAGAUUCUUAUGUAAGAACUGAAUUCUAUACUGAAAUUUUAAGGUGAGUCAUUAGACUUUACAAUGUAGCUCUAUUGUAAAAUUAAUCUGGUAUGCAUUAUUGUGAGCAUGUUCAUUUUCUUGUGACUGGAGAGUAAAUCAAAAUAAGGGCCAGUGUUGUGGGGCAGCAAGCGAAGCCACCACUUGGAAUGCUGGCAUCCCAAAACAGAGUGCCAGGUCAAGUCCCAGUUGCUCCACUUCUGAUCCAGCUCCCUGCUAAUGAACCUGGGAGAUCGGUGGAAGAUGGCCCAAGAGCUUGGGUCCCUGCUACCAUGUAGCAGAUUUCAGAUGGAGUUCCUGGCUUCUGGCUUUUGCCUGGCCCAGCCCCAACCAUUGUGGACAAUUGGGGAGUGAACCAGUAGAUGGAAGAUGGAUCCAUCUUUCUCUCUCUCUCUCUCUCUCUCUCUCUCUCUCCCCCCCCCCACAUAUAUAUAUAUAUAUUUGAAUACAUAUAUAUAUUUGAAUUUGAAUAAUACCUCUUUUCUCUAAAGUCCUGCUCACCGUUCUGUCUCUAAUGCCUGACUUAUCACUACUGCCUACACCAUUGUUAAGUGAUUUAGUUAAUAAGUGCUUUAUCCUAUAAGAAUUGAGUGUUUUAAAUUAUAGGCUUAAUAAUCUUCCAAAGACCAACUCUCCUAGCACAUCCCCAUUUUUGACAGUGACAUUAUCCACAUGUGUCACAGAGGCAAACUCUGACUAAUCCCUCUCUCUAACGUGCUGGCAGUCUGCCGGUUUCAUUGGUUCUUCCUUUCUUGGUAAAUUCCUUCUACUCACACACUGCUCUCCACGUUAUUCCAGCCUUUCUCACAUCCAUCUAACUGAUCUCUGUAAUCUCUCACCUACUAUUGCAUUCUUCCUAAAAAGCAGAUUUCACACCAUUUUCUCUAUGUAAAACACAAGCAAACAAACCAAAACAAAAUGAAAUCCAAACUUUUUUGUCCUUCACACUCUUGUUCCUGCUAAGUCUCUAAUCUAGGUUUUCUACGUGAAUUCUCAUUCUGUCCAAACAAGUCCAACUGUUUUCCGAAUAACUAUGAGCAUUUCUGCUGCUCUGUUCAUUUCUCUUGUUGCCUACUCAAUAGCUAAUUCUUCCUUCUCUUUCAAAACCUACCUCAAGCUCCACCUCCUUUGUAAAGCUGCCCUAACUGCUCAGUCUCCAGUAAUCACUUUCUUUUAAAGGUAGAAGUUGUAUUAUGUACACCAUUCAGCUGAACUUCAGCAUACACUACCUUGCAGUAUUUCUUAUCCUCCUUAUAUGUAUACUAUGGUAGUAAAAAGUAUCUGCAGUCAGACUGCUGAGGUUCAGGUCCUGCCUCCACAUGUUAGCAUCUGGCUAACUAAGCAAGGUACCUAAUCCCUGUAGAUUUUAGCUGUAUCUCUAAAAAAGGGGGACAAUAAUAACAUGUAUACCCUAUGAUAAUUCAGUAUAAUGAUGCAUCUAAAAGAUAGUGAGUAUUUAUAAAUGUCUUCAUAGAGUUUGCAUGAUAUCGAUUAGCCAACUGUUUUUAAAAUACCGUUUAUAUGCUAGACAUUAUACAAGAUAGGAACAUUAUAAAGGGUUAAGAUUUCUUGCAAGAAAAACACCUCUAUUCUAUCUCACAAUUAUAUUUUAAAAUCCUUACACUGCACUCACUCAAAGCAUAUAUAUUUACUGAUUAUCUGCUGACUUCAAAACCCUAUGCCAGGCACAAAGAAUUACAGGGAAAUGAGGUGGAGUAUGAAAAGGGUUUUGAUAAAGUAGGAGUAGUUAGAUGCUGAGGAAGCAUGUAGAUAAGUGAACCAGGGAGUGGCUACACCUGCUUAGGACAUAUUUGGAGAAAAGAGACUCCUUCAUCCACAUUGAGAGGCCUUGACCUUCAGCACCAGUAUAGCUAGAGUUGCUGCCAUGGUGCUUUGCACGUGGUGAAAACUCAGUAAGUGUGCCCUGGCAUCAGUGAGCAAGGCAAUGGUGAUGAAGUCUUCAGAGCACCACAGUUUCCAGGCUCUCUUCGGAGCUGUCAACUUUAUUUGGCUUCUUCAUUUCUUCAUUUUCGGCUGAAUGAAUGCCAGAAAGUCUUUUUCAAAUUUUUUUCCUGCCUUCCUGAUCAAGACUUAGAUAAUGUCUGCUUCUUUUGGUAGCUAAACAUCCUCCAAACUCAGCUUCUUGCUUCAGUGAGAAGAUAUUAUGGUAUUGCCAAUGGAAACCACUUCACAUUUGGGCAACAUCAUGAUGUCUAAGUGGCUUAGAUUCAAGUUUCAGAAUGGAUUCUGGUUCCUGCACAUUUGCUGUCAAAAACCACUUUAUAGGAGCCAAACUGUGGAACCCUUCCAAGUGUUAGGCACUAUUAGAAGUACCAUUAAAGUACUGUAGAGUUUCACAGGAUUAUGAAAUUCUGAUAUUUUUAACAUAGCAUAUUCUAUGGUACUUCAUGGAAUUUUCAUCAGCCCCUUGUUUCUGUCAUGGGGCUAAAGGUAAUUGAACUCCUCAUUUUUAAAUAGCAUCACAGAGUUGAGAAAGAACUUUGGAGUUGGAACUUCUGCAAAAAUGUUAUACUGUUUCAUACAACAGUGAACAUACAGAACAAUUCUCUUGUUUUCAAGUGUAAUUGUGAAGGAAAACUUCAAGAAGACAUAAUUUUUUUUUAUUUUCCUGUACUGUGUAUCUCAGUCUCCCCUCCCAGUGCCCUGUCCUUCCUUACUCCCUUUGGUCAGCCUGCAGGAAAGAAGACAUACUAAAACAUUACCAUCAAAAUAAAGCUUUUUCUAUAAGAACAGAAACUGUUUAGAGACAAAGAUAAUUGGCCACCAGCCUCUGGUAUGAUAAUUACAUGAAUUUAGCAUAAAAUUUUUCUCAAAGCCUUCCCAGUGGCUAACAAUAGCUUCCUCACUUGAAAAGCAAAACUAUAUAACUCAUGUGAAAAGAUAUUUUUCUUCCAAUAAAUAUCAAAUAAAUCACCACAUUUAUUUAUAAACAGUUACUUUUGAGAUGAUUUAUGUAGUAUCUGUUUCCUCCAUUAGAAUAUAAACUCAUUGAAGGCAGUGACCACAUCUGUUUUGUUAACCACCAAAUCGUCAGCUCCUUGAAAACAAAGCUGGUUGAAAUAAAAUGCCAUGGAUUUGUAUCCAAAAAUUAUGGACCCCAAAAUCAUUAUAAACCAUAUCUUCUACCAAAGUGUUAUGUAAGAUGCAGUUAGCACUCUCUAUAUUAAUUAUGCACAUGAUCAGUAAAAGCCUAUAACAACAUUAAAUCAUGACUCCAGGCUCAUUUAGGAGACCCACUGAUUUUUAUUACAGUUUACUCUAAAUUUAGUAUGGGGACAUUUAGGAAAUGGAUAAUUUAAAUGUACCUUACACUUACCUCUUCAAUAUCAUCGUCUUAACCACAGUUUGGGCAGGGGCUGAAUGUUAGAGAACUCAAGGCUCAGAUCUCUGAUGAGAGUCUUAAGUGACCAUAUCUUGUGUUCUAAGAAAGAUACUGGACAAGCUGAUAGUGCAGUUGAUAUUCCAUUGGAAACAUUAAGAAGCCUAACUUAUUGAUGGCAGGCCAUUCAACCCUCACAGAAUAAAGAGUUGUAGAUAACCUUGUACUUGUCUAAUGUAGAUAAUAGCUAUUCAUUUACUGCCAAACAUACCAAAAAUAGGAACCAUUGUCUUAAAGAAAACAAUACAAAUUACAUAGCAAAUAUAGUUACUAUUGUUUUUAGCAGAAGAGUCUCUGCUAGUUCACUGUGCUAAGGAACUGUGUAAUAGAAAAUGCAGUCUGUAGGUAAAAUUGGAAGGUUAGUAAUGUAAUGUCAUUUUCAUUAUAGGCAGAAUUUAUGCUUCUAAAUAUAGCUUCUCAGAACAUAUUGAAAUUUCAUUUUAAUGCCACUUACCAUAAAGUACAAUUGGCAAUAAGGUAGGUGAAUGUUGGAUCCUUCCAAGGGACAUUGGUGCUGUAAUGUCAAAGAUGAGAUGUGUGUCGUGUUUUUCUUUACAUGCUGGCUGCUUGGCAGCGUCUUCUGUAUACAAUGUAUUCAGGAAAUGUUUGGACUAAAAUGAACUGAGCUCUUAUAUGAUUAUCACUCAACCUGUAUUCUUCAGAAUGUCAUUGUGUUUAGACUACAAGUUCCUGAAUUUUUUUAAUUGAACAUCUCUUUAUUGGGACUUAAUUAUCAAAACCAUUUUUUGGUAAUACAUCUUCUGUUGAUUGCUUUCAAAGUACAGGACAUGUCAGUAAGACUAAAUGUGUCUAGAAGGAAGGCAGGAAGGUUUCAUGGAAGUUACACCCAGCUUCCUUACAAACAUUGGACUGGUAGCCUGAUGCACUGGUUGUGCCAACAGUAACUGUAUCCCAGUUUCCCACUUCUAGUACAGCAUUUCAGAGAAUAGUAGCAGACAUCUAACAAAUUCAAAAGGAUGCAGAUUGCUUGAUGUUAGCUGUGGUCUAGUGGCGUUGCUAUUCAAUUCAUCUUAUCUCAGAUCUGCAGAUAUUGGAGUAUUAACUUACUCCUGUGUACAAUUCCCAGUCCUCUCUCUGACAUAUAGAAGUCACACUCCCUACAGACAGACGCUCAUCGUCCAUACCCUUCACUCACACGUACUGAGAUGUGAUGCCUGCAAGGCCACCAACCCUAGCCCACAGUGAGGACAGCAUGCAAAAACAAAGGACCUGCAGAAGCCUUAGCUACCAGACAGAUACCUCUGGUUACCUCAGGUAACCUCUUAUUGAAACACAGAGGUGCACGCAAACUAAGGAUUUGUUUUGUUAUAAUAUAAAUGAUUUAAGCAAGGGCCUAAAUCUGCAUCUCAACAAAUUUCAAAAAUUUACUGUAUACUGUUAUGGAUAGUGUUGGUCCGUAUUUGGGAAAACAGAAAAUAUGUAGAGUGAACAUUUGUGUUUAUUAAUUUUCUUUUUUUUUUUUAUUUGAGAGACAGAGUUU